UGGCCGAGCGGCGUGCCCAUCGCUUAGUGGGCGGGGAGAAGGACUAGCGGCGGCCCCGUUUGAAGAAGGAGAUGGAGAUGGAGGCACCGGAGCGGGAAGAGGCCUGCGGUGAGGAGGCCGUAACAGGGGACGCGCCCCUUGUCCCUCCGAGAAAGCCCCUCCCCCAAAGGCAUCCCUCGCGGACCCCUCCCAUCCCCCGCCUCGUGUCCCCCGGGGAACAAGGGCGGGGUCUGGAGCCCUCGGCUCGCCCCGUCUCCCGCUUCUGAUGGCCGCUUUUCUCCCCAGCAGAAUGCCUGGGCCGCCCUCCGGCCUCCCGUGCCCUGAAGCGUCUCCUUGGAGAGCUCCGCACCCUCUACCAGGAGCGCCUGCACUGCGUGGGGAUCCAGCUGGAGGAGAAUCCGGAAGGCGCUCGCAAGGUAUCUCCCCUCUUUCCCUUAAUUAGGUCUCCCUUUGUACUAGGAGGUGUUCCCCCGAGCAACAUCCUGCCCCCUCCUGCCAGGGUACUGCUGGCUCGCCCUCCACUGCCCAAAGGGAGUGGGCGCCCGACACACACACAUACAGGGCGGGAUUUAGGUUUGAUGAGGCCCUAAAUAACUGAAGGUAACGGGGCCCUUUAUAUGUCCAGCUGUCCUUUAUCAACAACAAAUUGUUGCUGUUAGAAAUGAGCAAACCAGUGAUAUUUUAGGGAGCAGGCUAGCAAGCGUGGCCCAUUUCUUACAUCAUAGGAGCCUACAAAACACAAAACACUGUUGCUGUAUGUAGGUUUUAUUUGUUUUUUUUAUCAUAUAUUUUGGAAAUGUACAUCCAGGUUUUUUUCCUUUAAAUUUUUUGGUGGGCCCCAAGAGACUGGGGUCCUAAGCUAUAGCUUGUUUAGCUUACGCAUAAAUACAGCACUGCACACAUACCCCCGUACUGGUAUGCCUGCAAAACUAGUGGCUGGUUUCUUCAGUGGUUGUAACUGUUUGCUAUUUAUCCCACAGCUUUAUCAAGUUUGCAAGGUGUAUCUGGGCCAUCAGCUGCCAGACAUGUUGGCACCAUUGAGUUCUUGGGUGAUCAACCCGCUUAGCCUCUUGGCUAUCUUCUUUCUGUUUGCAUCCAAAAUUAGAUUGUGGUUGUGCACCUGUGGAAGCAGACUGGGAAAUCCACGUGGGCCUGGCAUUUUCUUGCAAUGUUUUUCACAGCUGCUCUAUUUCAUGGAGGAAAAAUGAGGCCUACAGGCUCACCAGGUGUCCCUGGGGAUCAGGUCUAUGGCCCCUUGGAAACUUACCCAGGGUUAGGGUUGAGGGCACAGGUGGGUUGUUAUGCUGAUCAUGUGCUGUGUUGCUGGAAAGUAAAGGGGCUGUAUCUGGAUGACUGAAUCAAGCUCUCCAAGGAGUCUUGUUUUUAAAGGAGGAUAAAGUCCAGAACUGACUGUUCCAGAUAAUGGAUGCAGUUCUGCUCAGGUACUUCUGCCUUUGUGGACUGUUUCUGACAGGCUACUCUGUGUAGUGGAGAUGCACAGCAGCACAUUGGCUGACAAAUGGUAUCUGAGUGCAGCAAGCAUAAUAAUAAUUGAUAAUAAUUUUCCCCCAAGCCAUGAGCAACCCUAUAGCCAGGCCCCUUGAUCCACUUCUUUCAGAAGUUCUGCCACUGAGUGCUGACAGGGCAGCUGGAACUUUCCACAAGAGCUCAGACUUCCUUCUGAGUUGUCUAGUUUGGCACACAUAAUUACCCAGAUGCCAUUUUUGGCACUUUUUUAUAUAUUAGAAAGUGGGAAAUGGAAAGAGAUAAUAAAGGUAGCUAUAUUUGGUCCAUAAGUAAAAUUUUAUUUGAGCAGCCAAAAUGUCACAAAAUAACGUGCAAAUUUCCAGGUCUCUAGAACACUUCUUCAGGCUGGAUGCCAAGCAGAACACAGUGGAGGCAAAGAAAAGCUGGGUUAAUGUUGUAGCACUUUUUUAAAAAAAUAAAAUAUUUUUUAUUAAGCUUAACAUAACAAAUUUCAAUUUAAACACUUCAUUCACCUUCAUGUUUAGGAUUCUCUGAAUGUUGUAGCACAUUUAGUCAAAGUCUUAUAAAGUGAUAUUCACAACCUAGGAAGUAGAAUAUAGUAUAAUGCAAGCCUCAAACGAGUGCAGCUUUUAAUAUUGCUAGGAGUUAUUAAGAAUGAGAAUAGGCAAAGUUACAACACUUUCAUAAACAAUGGAGAAAAAAUACAACUAAGGAUAGGAUUGUUAAUACUACAUCAUCAUUUUAGGCAACACAUAUAGGUAUUAAUAACAACUAUUAACUACAAAAGAAGAGCAAAAGAUCCUGGAACUGACAGCCAGUUCUGCUCUCAGCCUCAUUCCACCUCCUGGUGAGGCCUCCAUUCUGCAAAUAUGGGAUUUUUGUAUUCUGCAUGGCUCAUGUGCUUCCUCUGCCACUAGUAGGAGUCAACAUGGUGAGUUGACUCAAGUGCUGCCUUCACCCCACCAAUACCGCUGUAAACAGCUGCCUGCCAUUAUGGACAUUAUGCUCAGCAAAGGAGAGUCAAGAAAGGGUCAAUGUCUCUGUCAUGUUUAUGCCAGUGUGGUCCUGUUGACCAAAGCAAAAUUUAGGUGACAUUUAUGUGGCAGUGGGCCCAAUAUUCUUCUGGCAUUGGAUGCAGUUGUAGUUAGUGCUGAAAACUGGGUAGUGUGGGUAUCUCUGGCAAAUAUUGUAGUGCUGGCCAUGUGAUUAUGCUGGCCUGUAAAGAGAAGGAUGUUCCUUGGACAUGGUCAUUGUUUCUCUCAUUUAUCCCCCUUGCAUAUGAGGUUUUGUAACUUCAUGUUGCUGUGUUUUAAGGAAAGGCUUGGGUCCCAUUGUAGAUUGUUUGUGCUCAUGAGUUCUUAUGAUCUCGCUGAGCAUCCAUACUCCCAAGUGGCUCCUGAGCAGGGUGCUGGAAGGUGAGGGAUCCUAGAGUCUCUGGCUGGGUGACCAUUGACAUCUGCAUGUACCUCGAACCCUCUUCAUCACUCUUUCUGUGUAAAGAAGAAACCUUAUCCUUCUACUUUCUUUUGUUCAGAUAGGGAAUAUUCCUGGCAAAUAAUGACCAGUGUAGAAACCAACUAGCCCAUUUCUGAAAAAUAAGGUGGCCUUGUAUGAAGGGCAUAUUAUUUGUGUUGGCUUUGGUGGUUGGUCUUGGGGUGCAAAAAUAUUGAAAGGUUUUGCUCUGUGCCUACAUGACAGCCAUCAGCCUGUAUUGAAUUCUACAAAUAGCAUACGUGAAAGGUCUUGGAGAUGGGGAGACUGCCCGUUCCCUCCCCCGCUGGUAUUUUUAGCUGGAUGAGAGAAUUAGAGUGCUGGUGCGCUCUUGUCCAGGGUUCCUACUCACCCUUCAUUCAAGCAGAGUAAAUGCAAUCUCCAAUACCGUUCUUAAAAAAAAUCUCUGAAGAGCCAGAGCACUGGAGGGCUUCAAAUGAGCUGUGGAAUAGAAGCAGUUCAUUAGACACUUAGUUUCUAUCUUUGGAAACUAAAAGCCUAGAACAAAACAGGAGGCAUUUCAUCCUCUGCCAGAUCGGAUGAGAAAAUGUAGAGGGGGGUAGUGGUUGUCAGAUGAAAAAUAGGGAGGGAGGCAGCAUGAAAGUGGAAAUACCCCCAGUGAGAGCCAAAACAUUGCCACUUUAGAGCAGGGUGUGUUCCUGAGAAUGGGGAGCAAAAGCCAGCUCCUGGUACACGUGUGCCUUGAAUAUUGUGGCUUCUGGAAGAUCAUUUGGGGAGCUGCUACAAUUAUGAAAAAGGGCUGUGCUUGGCUUGCCUGUGCCUUGGCCAGGGGCUCCCUUUUUCCAGGAAGAUGCCUCUGCUGUAUGGAGGGGUAUAACCCUAAUGGCUGGUUGUAUGCCAUUAAAAGGUAUUGUACACUCAUAAAAGAAUGACAUUUUGAUCAAUGCUGUUAUAAGAAUUACUGUCUUGACACAGGAAAGCUUUCCUGUUGCAGGUUUAAAAAUAUGCAUUUAAAAGCUUUUUAUUGAAUACCUUUGCAGCAUCCCUGAGAAAUCAGCCGUUUUGGUGUGAGGUUGCUCUGAAGUGCUCCUUGGUGUAGCCAGGGUGCAAAGCUGCUCUUUGUGAUUGGAAAGAAGAAGGGCUUUUCGGCUCAAUUAUUGCAGAGGCAGAGGGGGAAACUCCUUAGGCACAUACCCUACAAAAUCAAAAUUUGCUACUUUAAGAAAAGAGAAAAGAAAAAGCACGUACUUAGUUUUAUUUUUUUACUUUUGGGCAGUUACUCCACCAGCCCUCUUUUCCACCUUUGGGCCUGGAAACUGAUCAAGAGUGCAUUUGCUAAGGUGCGUGGACUCAAGCACCUCUCCAUCACAUCCUCCUGCUGCUUAAUUGUAGAUGUCACAUGUAGUUUGAUCCUUGUUUGUCUUUGCAGGUAAAAGCUUUACCUGUUGAAGGGGUCUUGAUUCCAGUUAGCCUUUCAAAUGUGUUUGUCAAACCCCUUCGCAACUGAGUCAUUGCAAUAACUAUCCUGGCAGUGCUGUGUCAAUCCAAGGACUUUGUAUAGAUGCCUGUUGAGACUCCAGCCCAGAGUGUAUGUGAAGGAACAUACUCCAGAGAGAGAGAGAGAGCGCCUGUGGCAAUUGACCUGCACUGUAUAACUGAUCCUGCCUAACAAGCAACCUGUUGAGUGACUGAACGGUGGGGACUUGUGUCAUGGCAGGGACAGCCUGGAUCCAGCUGAGUAACAGCCACUGGAGCCUAGAGCUUGGGGAACACAACACAAGCCCUGGGAAAUCUGGGCUUCUGCUCUGAACUGGCAUUGGUUCAUCUGAAGCUUCUGAGUUCUGGAUUGAGCUAGCGCACAUAAUGUCUUUUGUCAUCCCUUUGUUUCCUGUUGAUCCCCUACCCCCAGCCAGAUGCCAGCAGCUCCUUUUUUCAUUAUGUUGUCCUCUGUGCAGGUGCACUUAGGAGUGCUGUGUUGGUUUGAGGGCCUCAUCCUUUAGACUGCUUUGCAGCUGUUGUGUUUUGGCCUUACAGGGGGAAAAACGCAUCACAUUCAGAACAGAGGCCGGCCUUUGUUAUGUUAGUGGGAUGCAUCCUGAUUUUAACAGCAAAAGGGAAACAAUCAGGAGUGCACUUUAAGUUUCCCAAUAGUUCCACAACUAAUGCCAUAAGUGGAUGAGUGUGACUUGGGGCGGAAAAGGCCUAGGAGGCAAAAUGAGAACUGCUGCUGUGCUUAAUGAGUGCCCCACCACCAGGAGGGCCAGAGAUUCCCCACAGUUGGUCUUUCUUUGUGGGAAUUGUUGCAAGUAAAAAGUGUGUGCACAAAGAUGCUGCUACUGAGGCAGCUUUGAUUAUUUCCUGCAAAGCUCCACAGAAGUCUAUUUUUUUUCUUAGCUAGUUUUGGGAUCUCUGUUAGGAAAGUGCUGAAAGAUUUCCUCUUCCACCACCCCACCUUUCUCUAAACUGGCUGCUCCUGCCUUGGCAGGUGUUUCUCUGAAUACUUGGUUGGGAAAAGAGAUUCCUUGGGAGGGUUUGCUAUUGCUGUUUUACUGUUGCUGUUUUGGAGAACAUAAAGGCAUUCUGGCAGCUUUGUGUGAACAUAUAUUUCUUUUCUUUUUUAAAUUUGAAAAUUUGUAGAGGAUUUUGUUAAAUGGCCCAUUAAUGAUAGCCCUGUCUUCAGUGUCCACACAUUGUAGGAUUCUUAUCUGUGGUGUCAAUGUACUGCCCCCCCCCCCCGUAUUUCUAAGCCUAAGCAUAUAAUACUACUUCCAACUAAUACUUCUAACUCUGCAAAGUUAGUCUAUAUGGUUAAACUGCUGUGGAGCAGAAGGCGAUGAAUAUUCACAAAUUAUUUUGGUGAGCAGCAGGAUCGAAAUGUGCUGGAUGCCGUGAAAGCUUUUCAUUUCUUGAAUUACAGUUUUUAUGUAGAAAUUUCUCAACCAGUUUAUCUUGGAAUCGCUAGAAUGUGGAAGGCCCACCAAGGUCUGGCUUGUGUAACCUGUUUUCUGUAGAGACAUGUUUAUUGGCAAAUAUUGCUUUUGUCCUCCUCCUUCCAAACCAAGUCUGAUCUUGGUGGAUUGUUUGCUAAUGUUGCAUGCUGUAGCUACAAGAGGGCUGUAACUCUAUGGCAGAGCACACAAAGCUGUGCACGCUGAAGGUUCCAGGUUCCGUCCCCAGCAGCAUCUCCAGGAAGGACUGGGAAAGACUCCUUUCUGAACCUCUGGGAAGCUGCUGCUGGUCACUAGAGAAAAUAUUGAGCUGGAUGGACUGACUCAGAAAAAUAGUGUGCUGAUAUUACAAACUGUUUGACUGUGGGGUGUUGCUUCCUGUGGCGCAUACAUGUAUAUUCCUUUUGUUCUGUCAAUUUAUUUUUAAACUUGUUUUGCAGGCUUUGGACACACUACUAAAACCUGACCAGAGGGGGCAGCAGACAAGGAAAAUAGAGAUCAAGAAUGCUGGUUGGGUCUCUUUUGAACCUUCUUUUGUGUCUGCAUUGGGGCAAAAUUCAGCCUCUAUUAUUUGGUGGAAAGUAACAAGGGUGAUGAGGGAAGGCUGGAGCUCAGUGGCAGAGUACACCAUUGGUCACGUUGACUGGGGCUGAUGGGGAUCUGAGUCCAAUAACAUCUGCAGAGAGAGGCAGAGGUCUCUCACCCUUGGUGUAUACCCUGCCUUUCUAUCAAACAUUUACUAUAACCACAAUAAAACAAACAAUAAAAAAACCUAGUGAUACAAUCCCAACAAGAUGGAGAUACUGUUUGUGGGUGGUUUGCUUGCCCAAGGAUGUGAUAUUCAGCCUGUUCUGGCCUGAUCUCUGUGCCUGCUAAAUAUCAGGAGUGCAGUUAGAACUUGUAUAUCCAGCUUUGACUCGGGAAGCACAGCUAUUCUCAGUAGCUCUGGGUACUUUUCACCAGCUUUGGUUUGUGGCCUCCUACAGCCCCUUUUGUACCAUUCCCUCCAGUCAUCCAGGCUCUGGAAAUCUCAAAAGAGUAUUAUUGUAAUGUGUUAUUGUUGAGGCUGUCUUUGGAGACAAUUUGGAAACUGUGGCUACUUCAGAACACAACUGCUGACCUGGGCUGGGUGACAACAUUCUCUCUCUCUCCCUCCCUCCCUAUCUCCCUCCCUCCCACCAAAAAACGUUAAGACAGUCCCACUAGCUCUCAGUUAAUUACUGAGCUCAGUUCAAGGUGCAGGGCCCUUUUUCUUAAAUCCAGAAGGGUUCUUCUUAUGCUCCUGUGGCUUUGAAAUUUCUGAAGAGCUCCAUUGUUUGGCCACUGAUGGGCAUUCCAGGCUGAUUUGAUCUUUCCGUAGAAGAUUACUUGGAUUAAUGAGAUCAGUCAGGCUCAGAGACUCAGCUGCAGUUGGACUGACGAUCAAGCUGGAGGUGUGUUAGCCAGGCAUAGAGCUCUGUACUGCCAGCACAUUACUUGCGUUGCCAAGAAGUUGUUGUCUCUUUUACACACGCAGAGUGAAACCUCUGGUUUCUGAAAAGGAAGGCUAGAAUAGUAUUAGUGUGUUGUCCCACAUUCUGCUUGCACAGCUGCCCAUAGCUCCAAAGGCUGUCAGGAAGAUCUCUGUGCCCUAGUUAGAGAAACUGCAAUAAGCCGUACUCUUCUGACGCUCUUGGCAAGUGGCUGUCGCAGUCCCUUGUAGUUUUAACAAGCUGUAAAUGUUUGGUGGGCAAUGCUGCUUUUGGUUCUUGAGAGAGGAGGUCUUGAAGUUCUGGCUCUGGAUGUUGCUACUCUUUAAUGCUGAUGGUUCUGGUGUCUCCCUCUGACCCUCUUCUUUUUUUGGCCCUCUUUCUCAGCAGCAUGUCAGCCUCGGUUCCCUCUCCCUCCCCACUCCCUUGCUCACAACACACAGACUCUCCCUCUCAUGUCCUUUUCUCCUCCUCACUGAAUUCAUCUUUGGCUUCCUUAGUGAAAACUGUGCUGUUCUUCUCCUGUUUUUAGAUUAAUCUGCCUCUGUAGUUGGAAUUUUGCAGCAGCUCGUCCAGUGGCUGGGCUAACAGGAUCCAGCAUACUUAGUUUUAUCUCUCUUCCAUGUGGUGCCAAUAUCUUGCUUCACAAGUAGAUUUCAGAAGCUGGUGCUCUGUGGACGCUUGCUCAGCCCCCAGUAUGCAAAACACUGGAACUAUCUGCAUCCCUUUCAGUCUGGUUUUGGUCACUGAUGGGUGCUGGGGAGAGGGGGCCCUGCAGAUUUUCCAGUUCAGCUUCCUUCUGGAUUGGCUGCCACAGAUCCCUCCCUAAUGCAUGCCCCCUCUCAUUUGUGGGUUCAUUUAUUUCUUUCAUUUUUAGAAGGUAUGGGCUGCCCUUCAGUAUAAUAUUUCGAGGAUAUCUUUCAAAUAAAAAGAAGGAAAAAAAUACAUAAACACCAAAACCAUAAAAUCAAAGGGCAUCUGAUAAAAGCAAUGUAAAAUAGCCACAAUGAUUUGUUAAAAGAUCUACGGAAGCAAAUAGAUCUCCAUCUGGUGCCAAAAUGACAUUGAAGUUGGUGUAGAGUGAGCUGCCUUAUAAGACAGUGGUGUCACUACCAAGGAGUCCCUCCCUCUUUGCCCUGUCCUCAUCAUCCUCUGCAUGGAGCCCUUUCUGCCCCGCCCCCUCUUUCUCUUCUGGAGAAAGUGGAGCAAUUGGAGUGUCUUUAUGUAGAAUCCUGGCUGUACCAUUUUAGUUUGUGGGGUGGAGUGCAGAGGUGGAUGCUCAGAUCUGCAGAGUGCAAAGUCUUUUGCUCCACCCCUUGUUGACCGCCCAGUAGCCUGGCUUGGACUUGUCUGUGCUGAUGACAGUCUAGGCUGCGUUUCACAUUUGCACUGUAAUUACUGGUAGUUAAUUAUUUUUAAUAUUUGUAUUCCACCUUUCCUCCAAGGAGCUCCAGGUUACUUAAAUGGUUCCCCCUCUUACAACAACUUUUGCUGCAGGUUAGGCAGUGGAAGAGCCAGGAUUUGAAUUUGGGCCCGUCCAGUCCAAGUCUACUAUGUCACAUCAUAAAUUAUAGAGUUUGAAGCAUCCCUGUUGUUUACGACUUACAUAUGAGUACUAAUGCCUGGGAAUUCCUAGGGAUUCCCCUUCAGUUUCUUGGAGUUCAAGGCUCCAUAUUCAGCUUGUUCAUGGCUGUCAUUUGCAUGCCAGAAGGAUCUCUCCCUCCCUCAAUUCUUUUGGGGAAGCAGCACAAGUCCAGGAAGAACAGCCCUCUCCAUUCCCUCUUGUGUGCUUACUGCAAUUCUGGCGCUCUUGUUCCCAGACAGUUUCCUUUAACAGUCUGCCCUAACUCUGCAGCUCUGGAUUCUGUAUGGGAGAGGGGGAGGCCUUUCUCUUCCCACCCUCCCACAUCCAAAGUAUCUGGGGACACUUUGCAUCUCUUUCCAGAGAUUUUGACAUGAAUAUUGUCAUAGGGAACCUGAAGCCAUGGAAGUUAGCCCCAAAGUUUGCAAUACUCAAGGGACUCUUGUGAGUCUUAGUCCUCCGAGCCUGAGGUUUUCCUCCCCACCCCCUAACAACACCUCCUUUUAACAUCCCUGGGGGCAUAUGUGGAGUUUCUGCGAAGCCAAGAGUAGCUUUGCUUUGCAUGGGUAAUUAACUGGAUCAUGUAACAGACAAAAAAUGUUUUUCCUGUACUGCGGUAAUAAUAAAUCUGUUGCUACUUCUGGCCUGCUGUGUUUUGACCAUAGUUGGAGAUGUCUAAUGACCGAGUGAUUUUUCUCCCACAAAGUUCAAAUAACAACAAAGAACCUGCUUCAUUCCAAUAGGACUGGCAGGCAAGAAUAAGGAACUGCCAAUGCCUCCAUAGGAUACAAGUGAGGAGCUGCAUCUUUUUCUCAGAGUUUGGAACUGUUAAAAGAUGUGGCAAAGUUCAGGAUUCUCCAGUCAUGCCUAACCUGUGGCAGAGGCUUUGCAUAGAUUUCCCCAUAGGCCAGAUUCUCCCCAAUGCCAGCUCAUGGUGCUCAGGUGCUUCAGCACUCCCUUGCAGAUUAAAAAACACACAUGUAAUAUUGUGUUUCUGUCAUGGGCCGUCAGUAGCACUGAUUGAAGGUGUGGAUAAAAAGGUGGCAAUGUUGGAGCCUUUUUAGUUUGGGAAAAAAGCUUGAGUUAAGGGAAGAUAUGAAGGAGGUAUAUUGAAUUAUAUAUUGGAUAAAGUGAAAAAGAUGGAUUUCACUUUCAGCAAAGGCCAUUCAGUGAAGCUGAAUGUUGGGAAAUUCAGGACAGACAAAAGGUACUACUUUUUCACACAGCACAUAGUUAAAUGAUGGAAUUCCUUGAUGCAGGAUGUAGUGAUGAUGAUUGCCACCAACUUGAAUUAGACAACCUCCUGGAGGACUUAUCCAGUACUUAUCCUACUAGCCAUGAUUAAUUAAUUACCUUCCGUGCCAGAGGCAGUAUGCUGGGAAUCGCAAGUGGGCAGAGGUCCUGCUUUUGGAGUUCCCAUUGGGCCAUCUGGUUGGGCCCUGUGAGAACAGGAUGCGAGACCAGAUGGGCCUUUGACCUGAUCCAGCAGGGCUACUCUAUGGGAACAUACAUUGAUGCUGAAUGUGUGGGGUGUCAAUUAUUUAUAUUUAUCAGUAAGAGACAUGAAGGAGUACCCUUGGGGAGGUGGGCAACUGUCAAGGGGGCUCUACAAAAUGGAGUAUAGAAACAGGGUCGCAUUUUCUUCCUACCAUUUCUGCCUGUGAUGAGACAAGUAGCUAUGGCUUCUAUCACCACAAAUAUUUGGCUGGCAUGAAAGGUGAAGGCAGUGAGGGAGAGUUGUGGCUAGACAAGAAAUGAUUCUGUGGAGGCUGUUUUCCAUUGUACUUUAGCCUGCCUUCCAAAUCACAUGUUUGCUUAUGCACCUGAACUCGUAUAGCAUCAACUGCCUCAGUGUUCCUCAUUUUUUUGAAGGUAUAACUUUCCUUGCUCACGCACUAUAGCUUUGUUCAAGUGACCUUCUACACAUAUCCUAUCUGUACAUUAGCACGGCUUAGGAAUGUGUUUGUCUCUUCUGUCUAAAAAUACCCAGCUGGUAGGAUUCACGAUCCAUGAAGGCUAAUUGAAACAAUUUCUCUUCAGGUUUUGGCAGGUGAUGCAUGCAUCUUAAGCAUUAAUAUCUAUAAACUGAAUAGUUAAUGAAUCUAGGCUCUAAUAAUGAAUUAGAAACACUGAAAUUAUCAGGAUGUGGAGGAGAAUUUUCAGUCACGUUUGCUUAUUAAAAGCUUGCUACUUAACAAGCUAAUCACUUUAUUUGACCCCAAAGGAGUAGCUUGGUUGAUUAGGAACAGGUUUCCAUGUGCCAAAACUUUACUAGUGAAGACUUCUGGGUGAACUCCUUCAUUUUUGGUAGCUACUGGGAAGCACAGUUUUGCUGCCCUCCUUUUCCUUCUCCCAGCAGCUAGAAGGGAGAGGUGGCUGCCUAUCUUGGCAAAUGGUAAUUGCAAACCCACCAGGUGGGCCCUGGCUUUGUCUCAUGGCAACAUGGAUUUGGUCCCUUCUGCUGUUCUCCAGCAGGGAGUUGGCCAGGGCAACUGCCUCUUUGAAGGGCUAAGAGGGACAUCCUGGGAAUGGAGACAUGAGUUAGGGACAUUUGUGGCUUGGUGCUAGGUCAUUUUUGGCCUUUCUGUGGCCGAAAAGCUCAAUGUUGUGAUUAAGUCCCUGUACUGUCGAAGACUAUGGCUCUGUGAGGUGACACCCCUGAUGGUUUAAGAUGAGAGGUUCUGGAAAGAGCAGCUAGAACCCUCUCUUCAUUUAUUGCUUCUUCCUCCCGCCUACCUGCUGCCAUUCCCACAUAUCCUUCUCUCAGAAAAGAAAGACACACUUGAGUUGAAAGAGAACUGCAAGUUCUGCAUAGGCUGCCUGAAGACAGUGGCUUCCUAAGGUUACUAAGUGAUUCUGGUAUGCAGAGGGUCAGACCCAACUGUUUCCUGCAAAAAGUAGCUCCAGCUGCUUCCUGCAAAGGCAAACAAGACCUGGAUAGGAAGGCCCUUUUCUGAAGUUUGGUUUCUCCCCCACCCCUCCAGGUGGACUAGGAACAUACUCAACUCCACAUUCUGGGUCCUCAUGGUGGGGUCUGUCAUUGUUGUCGGCUGGUUUCUGAGCCAAACCACUUUCUCAGAAAAUGCCCUCUGGGGUAGACCCAGUCUGCUGUCCUUGUUUCCUAAUUCUCAACACUGAGUCGGGUGUCUGAGGCUCUACUUUUUCUCUCUUCUCCAUGUGCAGAUGGAGGUGAGGCUUCUACAGGCCUACAUCAUAGAUCUGAGUGACCAGAACACCAUCUUGAUUCAGACAGUGGAGGAGCUGGAGAACCAAAUGCUUGACCUCAUGAAACUGGCUGCAGCUGAGGACAAAAUACAGGUAUGUGUAGGGGCUGGAUGGGGGUCACAAUCCUGGCUUCCAGGGCACGAAUUUCCUUGCUGAUAGCUGUGGGUCUGCCUGUUUAAGGCAGCGACAGGAUGCCCAACUCCAUUCACUCUGAAAGAGGCACUUCUACAUUAACUGGAGUUGCAGCACCAUGUUAACCACAGAAAAACCUUUGUGUCAUGUUUUUGUGCCUUCUGAGUUAGCUUCCUGUUUCUUUUAGCACCCCUGGUGGCCUUUUCUCUUCUCUCCAUCACUGUAGGCCUUUCAGCUCCCAUCUUUAUUAGCCCUCCCUUAAAAUUGUUGAUCUUCUAGCAGAAAUAUAUAAGGGUUUGUUAAAUCAUCCAAUUUACCAGAGGCUAUUAGAGGGUAACCAAAAUAAAUCUAAUUUAUUUAUUUUAAAUAUAUAUUAUGGAGGAGGCCAGAAAUUACAGGCUUCUUAGCGCAUUGUAUAAGUUGGUGGAAAGCACAAUUAAAACUUGAAUGAUUACCGUAUUUUUCGUCCCAUAGGACGCACCUAAUUUGGGGGGGGGGAAUAAAGGGGGGAAAUUCCUUUAUUUCCCCCCCAAAACCAGGUUGGGGAACAGCGGGAUGGCGGCGCUGCGCCUCCCCGCUGUCCCCCGAGCUUGUGGGGCUGGCCGAUGUCUGCCCGGCGGGCGGGGCACUCUGCUUCAGGGCUCCCCACGCUGCGGAUGUCUGCCCGGCGUGCUCUGCUUAAGGGCAUCCUGCGCGCCGGGCGGCAGGCUGCUAUCCGCAGUCUAGGGAGCCCUGUGGCAACUCCCGCAGGCUCCCCAGGCUUGCUGAUAGCUUCCUGAAGCCUGGAGAGUGAGAGGGGUCGGUGCGCACCGAUUGCUCUUGCUCUCCAAGCUUCAGCGAAAGCCUGUAUUCACCCCAUAGGACGCACACAGAUUUCCCCUUCAUUAUGGUAAACAUUUAAAACAGCCCCUCCCUCAAUGUGGUAGCCCCCCCCCCAGAUCUUUUUGGACAACUGCUUGCAUCAUCCCUGAGCACUAAAUAUGCUAGAUGGGGCUGAUGCGAGUUGUAGUUAGAAACAUCCGGAGGGCUCCAAGGCUGGAACAGAAAAUACAAGCCUUUCAGAGGAAGAGUUAUGGGGGGUUUGCCGAGGGGAAUCUUGCCUUGCCAGCCUUUCUGGAGUUCUUUGAGAGGGUUGGUACACAGAGAGAUCCCAGUAAACUUUUUGUGUUUGGACCUCCAAGUGGCUUUUGGCAGACUCCAUCCCCAAAGGCUUCAGUCCUGGAAUAAGAGAACAGGCCUUGCUUUGCUAUCAGUAACUGCUUAGAGAGACAGCAUAGGAAUAAAUGGACAGUUUCUGCAGUAGAGGCAAGGAGGGAGUGGGGUCACCUGAGGACCUGUUUUGGAACCAGGCUAUGUCACUGAGUCACAAAUGAACUGGAGGCUGGAGUGAAUGGUGAGAUGACCAGUUUGGCAGAUGACUCCAAACUACUUCAGGAGGGUAAAGACUUGCACAAAUUGCAAACAACUCCAAAGGGAGUGCCUGCCAGCUAUGCAGAGGUGCCAUUUAGUGUAAGUCAACCUGAAUUUCUGUGUAUUAGGGAAAAAUAAUCCUUAAUGUUCAUAUAAGACCCUGAUAGGGUCUUAAAGUGGGGUCUUAAACUGACUUUCUAAGGAAGUAUUGGGACUGGAAUGAUGUAAAGUUCAGUGCAAAAUCCAGUUCUGUAUGUAGCUGGGGUGGGUGGGAAAGGAAAAUUCCAAGCUGGGGCCUGGAAAGGUGGUGUCCAAGGAGCUUAAUGGCUCUCUGUUCAUCUCUGGCACUGCUGCAGUUGUGCACCUUUCUGGUUGUCCCUUCUCAAAAGAAUGCAGCAGAGCAGGAAAAGGGCAACCUGAGUGAUCAGGAGGUUAGAGCACCUUCUGUAUGAGGUGCAAUUAAAGCCUUUAAUGGUUUUUAGAUUAGAAAAGAAAGAGCUUAAUAGAAGCUCAUUGAAUUAUGCAUCAUGUGCAGAACAUGGAACAGAGAGGAGUUUUUCUCCCUUUCUUAUUAGAACUUGGGGCCCACCAAUGAAAGGAUUAACAGAUGAUGGUAUGUCUUUACACAAUGCAGUUCACUUGUGGAAUUCCUGAAAUGGGAUGCUGUGGUAGACGCUGGUUUUUUCCUAGCUUGAAAAGUGGAUUCAGCAAAGUCUUGGAGUUGAAUUCUCUGGGUGCUGUUCAACUAAAGUUUACUCAGUAUUGACCUGUUGAAAUUAAUGGAUCAAAUUUACCAUAGUCAUGUUCCUUAAUUUCAGUGGGUCUACUCUGAGUAAAGCUUAGAUGAAUACUGCCACCCCCCUCUACAACUCAUGGUCAUUGCAGCUCCAUGUUCAGAGGCAACAUACCUCCAAGUACUCAUUGCUAGAGAGCAGAAGGAGGAGGACCCCCUCUGUAUGUGGGAUGGUAGGCUUGGGAAGACUUGCCUUAUUCUCACAUCCAGCAAGCUGUGCUUCUCUAUCAACUCUGCUUUGUCUCUUCAGCUCAUUGCACAUGCCCUUUUCCUCUCUUGUCCCAUCAGUUACUGUGCUUUUCCCCUUUCAGUUUCCUUGUCUUUCCUCCCAGCCAACCCACUGCAGAAAUCAUUUUCUGUCCCACUAGCAUUAUGGGAUCGCCCUCAAACCUACAAUAACCUCCCUGGUUUUCCUUUUUCCUCUCUUUACACAGGUUCUUCUGAAUCUCUCUACAUCUUUUCCCUGUUUCAAUGGGUCUUUCUGAACCCCCUUCUCUUGUUCUACAGGUCUUUUGGCAAGCCUCCUCCCUCAUUUCUCUUUCUUCCGGUAGCUGUCAACUCAUGGGGGGAGGCAUAGAAAUUAGCAGGUUAACCUUUUCACAUCAUGAAGAUGAGUCACUUGUACAUCAAAUUACAGCUCCGAUGACCAAUGGAAAAGCUGGAAACCCUACUCUUUCCCCACCAGACAGGACUUUCUCUCCUUAGAGCUCUCAAUUUCCACCCUUUCUCCCCCCCCCCCUUUUUUUCCCUCUCUGUCCUCCACCCCACCUUACCCCUCCUCCUCUUCCUCUUUCCUGAGUUUGGCAACAAGGGCAGCUUCCCCUUUCCCAGCACUUAACCUGGUGCAGGAAUCGCUUCCCCAGUUGAACAGAACCACUGGCCUUUUCUCUGCUACAUGCCCUUAGGCAGAAAAAAGGGCAGCCUGUAGUUGGGCCUGUGUGUGUGCUGGCCCCACCGAUUGUACUGCGAAUGAGAGGACCCAUGGGCCAGUCUUCCCAUCUCCCCCUCUUGAAGAAUCUUGUCCCUUACUGCAGCAAGUGGCUGUUGCCUGAUUCAUAAGGUUGGGAGAAAUGCGAAUCCAGGUUGCAGGGUGAGAGGGGCCAGCAGGGUGUUCCUGCUCUUCCCAAAGCUUUAGAGUGCUAGGUAGACCAUAACAGAUGGCAAACAGAAAACUGAGCUAAGAAGAAAAUGUGGGAAAGAAAACUCAAAUUUGUUGAUUGCAUAUAUGACAGAGAUAUUGUUUAAUUGCGCGCGUGUGUGUGUGUGUGUGCGCGCACACACACACACAAUGGCCAAACACAUACUGACAAAUUCUUUAUCGGUAGCCUUGUGUCCUUUAAAAACAUAAUAGCUGGACAAUUUGAUAACUGCUUAUUGGUGGAGGACCAAACCCUCAACUGCAACCAUUUGUUAUGUAUAGGAGUUCUGAAUGAACACUUCAGCCCCCUGCUGACAUCCUUUAUUCUAUGCAUUCCUGGUUAUUUGUGCUGCUGAUGGUAUAGGGGUGCUUAUCUACCUGAACCUGCUUUCAAUAUCUUUGUGCCUGCAAAAGUUUUGGGGUGGACAUACAGCUUCUUUUCCAGACAGUGCAUGUCCCGUGGCUUCCUGGUGAAAUCCUGCUUUUGUUGCACUAUAACACGGAUGUAUCCAGAUGGCAGUAAUGCAGCAACCCUGAGGAAGUGUUGCAGAACAAGCAAAGUAGAAUGAUGUGUGGUUGUCCAGUAUAAAUCCACCACUGUUAGGCUAUUAUUGUGUCAAUGACAUGUUGCAUAAUACAGCUGCAAAAAAACCAUCGGUCUGGGGUCCCAAAACUGUUCCUCAGCAGUCACCUAGAGUUGUCCCAUUCUCUUUCCAUGGCUCUGGGGAAAGGAGUGUGGGACAAGGGCUUUUAGCUUCCUUGGGUGUCUGCUGUCUCCUUCCUAUCCCACACUGCUGCAAGGGUAAGGGCAACUCCAGACAGACUUGAAAAGUGCCUUGUUUGUUGGUGGUGGUGGUGUGUGUAGGUGUGUGUGUGUGUGUGUGUGUGUGUGUGUGUGAGUGAGAGAGAGAGAGAGAGAGAGAAUGGUAUAGGAUGGUCAAUAGUGGGUGCAUGGCCAUGCGCUCAGAGAACCUCAGUGUUAACAAGCACCCUCAAAUUAGUCAUCUAGCAGAAAACGGACAGCAGCACAUUGGCAUGUUUGGAGGCCACAUCUUGAAUCCUUUCUUUAGGGUUUGUGCAGAUUUUAAUUUGGCCUAAAGCCAUAGAAUUCCCCCUUCUUUCAUGCAUUUUAAGCCUCCCUGUGCUCAGGAAGAUGCUGUUUUCUCUAAGGCAAGGGCAAUCUUGUACUUGUUUUCCACUUUAAAUAGUUCAUUGUUUCCUAACCAAACUGUGGGGUCCAUCAAAAGCUGGAAAGUGGGCAAAGGGCAGUUCUUGCUGCUCUGCCUACCGAGGCCCCUUCAGUCAGUUCUGAUUUUCUCCUCAAAUGAGUGGUUCUGUUGGCAUCUUGACUUGCAUUGCAGGGGUAAUGAGCUGCUCCUUCCCAGGAGCCUGCUUGGCCUGGCCUGCAGACAACCAUUUGCCCACUCUCUCCCAGGUAGGCAGCACUGGGUGAGCUCUUCUCUCUUCCCUUCUGUGCUUAGCUUUGCCUGCUGGCGCAAUCCAGGAUGUGGCGAGAGGCUGCACAGAGCUCCCUGGAUUCCCAGAGCUACAGAGACACCUGCUGGGCAGUGCUGGGAGUGGCUGGGAGUAUGCGCAUGCCUGGCUCUUGCUUGGGCCUCCAUCAGCUGGGCUUGUUUCUUUUGCCAAAUGCCCACUUGGACCUAUGACGGUGAGGGCAACGGCUUCUGAAUGGCAGAUGGCAAGAGAGCCUUCCUAACGCUGAUUUGCAAGGUGUUGGCAGCAAACUCUGCUUUGUUCUGUCACAGAUGUCUGCUGGGAUGGGUGGACCUUCAACCCAGUCUGGCCUGGCAAGUCCUGUGGCCAGCUCUCCCAGCCCUGCUCUGCCCUGUCAGCCCUGCCCUGAGGAAGCCUCUUUCCUAGUAUAUGCUCUCCGUAGCUCUUUGGGUUUCAACUGCAGGACCAAGGGCUCAUGGCGGGGGGGCAGGUUUCAGCUUCUCAGUAUGACUGGUGGUUCCUCGAACCAGUAAGAGAAGUGUGGGAGUUCAGCCCUUUUGGGUUUUUUACUUUAUUUUUAUUUUCCCACCUCUGUGCUAAGGAGGAAUAAUAAGCAGAAAAUUCCUCUCUACCUGAUUAUCAAAGUAGCAGAAUAGCUGUCCCCUUGCAACCCCAGGGUGUGGUUUGUCUGAGUAGGCUUUUCUCUUGUGGGGGGAGGGCAGUGGGCCUGCACCAAUUUGCUUGUGUGGACUGAAGCAAUUGCCUGAAAUGGCAAAGGGGAGGCAUGAAAGGCACCCCAGUGGUUUCUCUAGCUGAGGAACUGGUGUCUGGAUUGGUAUGGGGGGUGGGGUGCCUGUAUGAGGUGGCAGAAAUGCAAUUUGGGCAGAAAUUGAAUUCCUCUGAUAAGGAAUUCAGAAGCAGCUGCCGCCGCUGCCUCAUUCACUCAGCAGCCGAAUAAUCAUAUGCGCUUUAAUAAUCUUUAUUUUACAGGAGUAUGUUGCCAGGGCAACGGAAUGUAAGCAGCAGAACGGCCCCUUGCCGCUCUCAAAGGCAAAUCUGCAGAAAGAGAUUCUCUUGCUGCCUCUCCCCCCCCCCCAGCCCCCUCUCUUUCAGUGUAAUGAUGGCUCUUAUUUUUCAUGCGCUGAUUUCAUAAUCGCCUAGAAGGGUCCCUUUCCCCGUUUCCUUUAUUUAUGUCUGAGGACAGGCCUGGGCAGAUGCCUAGAAGCAUCCCAGCUGUGUGGGGAGGGGGGGCAUCAAGCAAGCUAUUGGGCUGGGGAAGGGGGGAAUUAAUCAGACAGCCUCUUGCUAUGCCUUUCCUCCCCAGUGCUGUUUGCCUUCCACUCAGCCCAACCAGGUGAUUGUUGGGGUCAGGGAGAAGUCAGGAACUGAUUGCAUUAAUUGGAAAUUAUUGGCUAGGUGCAUAUUUGGUGUGUUGGGUUGGGAGGGGUCUUUAGAACAGGGCAAAUUGAAUCACAGUCAGGAGAAUAAUGAGGCCCCCAGGCCGCAAGCUCUUCAAAGGGCGCCCUCCUUCCAGAGUGUUUCCUAUAAUGGAUUCUGCUCGCUUGCUGGAAAGGUGACGUCUUCCCGGGCUGCCCCCCCCCCCGCCCGCCAAAAAAGACGUAGGCAUCUUGAUUAGGUGAUCUGGGAAAUUGGCUGGUUUGGAAACAUUUAAAAUGUUGGGUCCCUGGAGCUGUAGAUCCCCCAUCUAGACAGCCGAUGCUGCGGCUGCUCAUCAGUCUCCUGCCUGCCACUCCAGGUGCCAAGGGCCAGGCUUUGGAUUCAGAGCCAGUGAGAAAGAGUCAGGCCCUGCGGAGGAAGAUGAAGCUUCUGCCUGCGUGCAGUUGGUGGGCUGGAGCAGAGGUCACUCUGUUUCCCCUGCGCUGGAAUCAUGGAGUCCAAAGGGAUCUUGGAGGUCAUGAUGUGCUUCAACCCUCUCCUCAAUGUUCUUCCACUAUCAAGCAGCUCUUUCUCUUAGGAAGCUUCUUCUGAUCUUUAGCCAAAAUUAGCUUCCUUGCCAUUUUCACUCAUGAGUCCCUGUCCUGUCCUCUGAAGCAACAGAGAACAAGAGUUGACUGCACCUUCAAGAUGUUUGAAAUACCUGCUGUCACCUGCCUCAUUCACCUUCUCUUUUCCACGCUAAGCCUGCCCAGCAGUUCUUUCAACUGUUUAUCGUAGAGCUUUGUUCCCUUGCCACCCUUCUCCUGACACACUACAGUUUGUUCCUGCUCUCCUUAAAAUAUAGUGCCCAGAACUGUACACAUUACUCUAGAUGCCGGUCUGAGCAGCACAGAAUUCAGCAGAACUAUGACUUCCCAUGAUCUAGAUCCUAUACUUUCCCCUCCAUUGGCCACGUAAUAAUAUUGCUGCCCAUUGUAACAAUUGUAAUGCACUGUGCUAGAUGCUGUGUGGGUUUUUUAAUUGUAUUUUUAUUGCUUGUUUUUUCUUUUAUUAUAUUACAAUUUGCAUUCAAUAAAAUUCAAUUUGUAAUUCAAUGGAAUACAAUAUAAGAAAUGGAAGUAGGAAUGUAAAUUCAGUUUAAAAUUAAUAUAAAUACUUAAUGCAGACAUGCUGUGGACCACAGUUUGGGAACUCCUGACCUAAAUGUGAUGCUUUUAUUAAUGCAACCUAGGCCUAUGUUUGCUUUUUUUAAGCAGCUGUGUUGGGCUGCUUGCUCAUUUUUGGCUUGUGAACAGCCUCUGUACCCAGAUCCUUUCCGCAGAUCCUGCUGCCAAGCCAAGGCUCCCCCAUCGUGUUCAUGUUUCUUUGAUUCUUUUGUUCUUAAGUGCUGGACUUCACGUUUAUCUCUAUUGAAUUUUCUCUUGUUGGUUUCAGCCCAGUGUUCUCGCCUGUCAAGAUCACUUUGGAUCUGGCAUCUGUCUUUUGUGCUGAUGUCUCCCUCCCAGCUUUGUGUCACCUGCAAAUUUGGUUAGAGUCCUCUCUACGUUUCCAUCCAAGUCAUUUGUAAAAAGGUUGAACAGCCUGGGGCUUUGCAAAGAGCCCUCUGGCACACCACAUAAGACCUCAUUCCAGUUUGAGGCAGAGCCAUUCAUGAGCCCUUGCUGGAUAUGGUUGCUCAGCCAGCUAACAGAAGAGAGGCAGGACAGAGCAGCGGUACAAGUGGGGUGGGGUGGGAGAGCUCAUGUUUGGCUGAUUGUGACCCGUUCUAGGGUAGAACUGCUCUCCCCAAGGUGCCCUGGCUGUGGGCCAGGGCCUCUUGCUCUUUGGGCUUUUCUGGGAAUCCCUGCUUGGAAGCCUUCUAAGCCCCCCGGCCGCUUCUGCUGCUGAAAGGAUAUCUUCCACCACUCUCCCCACAUAGUGCUUGCAGCCCAUCUGAUUUGCUUAAAUGCUGUGGGGAAGAGCAUUAGCACACUUUCCAUGCCAGAUGUGCAUCCGGGCCUAUCCCCUCUUUCCCAGGAUAGCUGCGUAACUAACCUGAGGUAGGGAGAAGGUGGGAGGCAUGAUUUGUGCUUUGCUCUAAGCCUCCUAUUCUGUCUCCUGGCUUCUGCUGUUCUCAUUGUUCCUCUCCAGUCAAAUGGUAGAUAGCAGAAAAGCACAUUACUUGUGAAAAACAAUGAACUGUAACAUUCAAAAAGCGGGACAUGGUGUGUGUUGCGAACUACGUUUGCCAUGACUUGGAAUUUUAUGGCUUGCUGAACUGCACUCUAAAAUUCUGUAUGCUCCUGAAAAGCUACAAAAUAUAAACUGAAUCACAGUUUAAAACAAAGAUGAUUUUUCACAGUUGCCACAGAUCAAGAACUGUAUUGGAGUACUAUUAAGCUUUUUGCUUGAAGUCUCUGAUCUCCCAUCCAAUAAUUGGUAGCACCUUCUCUGGCCUGAAUAGGGUGACUCAGUUGUGCUCAACUUGAUCCCUCCCUCCCCCAAACCCAGCAAGUGUUCCGUGUUUGCUCACUCUGUGGUGGAAUGCAAAUCCAAAGGCUGUUUAAAUCUGCCACUCCUAGAGCAUUUGUGGGGAGGUUCCUGGUUAGCCAUUGUGAGGUCACCUUGCUUGCAACAGCCUGUCCAGUAUUGAGGAGAUAUUUCCUCCUGACUGUGUAGCAAUGGCUGCUCUUUUUUCCAUUUUGGAUUAGAGGCCUGGCCAAGAUCAGGUGUGAACGUGCAGACUGAGCAUAGAGCCUUCUCUUCCUCGCAGGCCAUGUACGUUGGAGCAUGGCUGUUCAUGGCAGAGCGAAUGAAUGGCUUGGUUGGGAGAAGGGCAUCUUUCACCAGCCCACCCCCUUGAAGAGCCAGUUGUGCUCGAAGCAGCCUGGGCUUUGGAGGGUGUCUGUUCCAUUUCCUUCCUCCUCUUCCACUUGGGAGCUGUCUUUGUCUCUGGAACAUGGACCAAGCAACUUAAUAAAUGAAUUCAUAAAGCUCAAGCUCAGCUCUUCUUCAAAAAGGCUUGGCGACUCUUCAUGCCUCCCAUGCUAUUUCCAGCAGGCCCUCACAAGUCAGGGAAUCCUGCCAGGAACAUCCUCAGGCAGGCAGAGCCCUGGGAUCCAGCAAGAGGAAAGCCCACCCUGAGUGGCAUUUAAUCCCAGUCAGCUAAUUGCAAACCAUGGUGUCUUACACACAUUUCCAGUAGGGAAAAAUUGAGUGGUUCUCAACUGUUGCUGAGUUUGAUUACCAGGAUCAAUAAGCCAUAGGAUGUUUCGGAAUCUGGAGCUGCAGGAAACUAUGAGGUUGCGCAAGCUCAACGAGAAUUGUUGGGCAUCUCUUCCAGGCCUGACCUGCCAUACUGAGGCAAGGCCUACUGCGUGGGGCAGUUCCUCUUGUCUCCAGCAGCACCCUAUAGACUAGUGUGUGGGCCAGGUUGCGGGGGGAAAGGCGAAAAAUGAGUGGCAGGCUGGAAAUGUAGCUUUUGCCAGGGAAAGUGCUGAGCUUGGUGCCCUAUUGUCUGAAAGUCAUGAGCCAGGUGUGCUCCUGAUGUGGUGCUGUGGAAUCUGUGGCCCUUUGAGGUGCCCUACCAUCACCCUGCCAUUUCUGGGGCAAUGGAGUGUAAGAAAGUGGCUGUAGCCUCACCUCUCUUUUGCUGUUGUGUGCAUGGGCCAAGAGUGAUGCUCAUAAGAGGGUCCUUGAGGCCAUCAUGUCGAGGCUUGGCAAGGCCUCUCUCCCCUCCACUUACUUUGGAACUGUUCAGACUUUGUGUAAAGCAGCAUGUUCAGUUGUGGGCCAGAAAGUCCAAAAAGAGAGAGGAGAGAAAGCCAUUGAGAUUUGGAAGGGAGGCAAAAGCAAGGAUAACCAAGAGUCUGGAGCACAAAGUUCUGUUGGUCUUUUCUCUAAAACUGUUCUUUCUGGUGGGAGGGGUGUCACACCACUUCUUUUAUUCUAACUGCUCUUUCUUCAUAGUCACCUGGUGGGCAGGAUGUCACACAGUGCUGCUUCCAUCUCACCACUUAUUUUAUGUAGUAGGCAUUGCCUCCAACACUUGCAUCUGCUGCCUCCACUGUAUGUGUUUUCUUCUCUCCCUGCACCCUGCUUGUGGGCACCACUGUGCCUUUCUCUUUCCUGCUAUGCUGGGUACAGAACUGGAGCUUCAGAAAUGGAGGCCGCCCCCACCCACCCCUCCUACCACACAGUCCACCAGCACAGACCCCUCUGCUUAAUGCCUGUUGAAUUCUGUGCUGUGUGCUAAUGGGAGCCUGUACUCUGUAACAGGGUCACCAGGUGGAAGCGAAACUGCCCCUGAGCCCUCUGCACAGAGCUGGAUCCAAAUCAGAAUACUGAAAAGCCUGGAUGGUGUUUUUUAAAAUAAUAAUAAUAAUCCUUCCUUUUUAACAGCUUCAGAGCAAAUCUCCCAAAGCAAUUCCAGCCAAACUUCUAACAUUUUAGAUACAUAAAAAUUUUAGGGCUUGUGGUAGUGGAAUUUGAAUAUUAUUUAUGGGUUUUCAUUUUAAAGAGAAGAAAAAUACAAAACUUUUUCCUUCCCCCUUUCUCUCUCUGCCCCCCCUUUUCAUUCUUCAUCUCCACAGAGGAGUUUAAUUUUAAAUGAUAAAUGUCGAAAUUAGAGACCAUCGAGAAAAUCCAAUUUAGUGAGGAGUUUUAAAAAUCCCAUAAUAAACGCCGAGUGAAAUGUAUGAUUUAAUGCGGGGCACCAAUGGCUGCUAUUAUGUGCUAUUAGCAAAGCGGGGCUGAGAGGGAGUCUUUAUCACUGGCUGAUGCUGGCUGGCCCGGCCUUUCCUCCUGCUAUUGAUUUGUAGCCGCUUGUCAUAAUGACAUCGGGAAGCAAUGAAUGGAAGAUGGGCUUUUGAUAGGGUUGAGGGGGGCAUGGGGGGGAGAGCAAAAAUUCAGCAAGUUUUCUAUCUCUUCUGCCUGAUUAGAUUUUUUUCCCUGUUCUUUUAAGAGCUUUCACAUUCCAAUAAAAAUGCUAAACCAGCUCUGAAGCAGAAUUGUUAGGGAGUAAAUAGCUCAUCGCUUUUAAAGGGGGAAGAGCAACAUCUCGACAGCUCUGCUGACCUCACAGCAUUUGAAUCUGAAGAAUGCUUCUCGUCUUGUGAAAUGGAGGUGGCUGCUGGAGGCAUCUUCGCCAGGGGCUUGUAGGCAGAUCUCAUAAACGUGGUGGAGAGGGAGGGGCAUUAUCUGAGAAACCCAGCCAAUUGCCCACAAAACGGACAAGGGGCCCUCCUUUAAAAAGGCUGGGCACUUCCAAGGCAUUGCAACAUGGGGAAAUCUCAUGUUUACGUCUGCUGGGGAGAAUAUUGAACCCUGGGUUUAGAAAAGCAAGAAGAUUCUUGCAGCUGUAGCUUCACUUGUGUCUUCAAGAAUAUAGUGGUGCUGCCUCUGCCAGGAGGUGCCUCAAGUCUAGCUGUGGAGAGGAAGGGGCCACUGUGGGCUGGCUGUUGAGCUACAACUGAAGCAUGUCCCGCAUCAUUUGCGAAUGGAUUUGAGAUACUUUUGCGGACAGAAAGCCAAGACCCAGUGCUUUCCUGCAGCCUUGAGAUAGCCUUGCAAGGAAGAACUGAUUAAAUGGUGGGCGCUUCAGGACAGAUGAAUGGGAGGUUUACUCAGCACAUAGUUAAACUGUGGAAUUCAGUUCCUCAGUAUGCCUUAAUGGCUGCAAACUUGGAUUGCUUUGAAGGGGAAUUAGAUACAUGCCUUGAGGGUAAGGCUCUCAUGGUUACUUGUCAUGGUGGCUGCUUGCCACUUCCAGGGAGGCAGCCUGCCUCUGAACACCAGUUGCUGGGGAGGUCAAGUGAGGAAGGUACUCUUGGGCUUGUAAGUUUCCCAGGGAGAAGAAUGCCAGACUAGACGGUCCCCCUUUGGCCUGAUCCAGCUUCAGGGCUGCUCUUAGAUGCCCUUUCAAGCUGCUUAUGUCAUGGCCUAGCCAGGACAUGGCUCUAAAGGGCAUUACUGCUACAUUUCCAGUUCCUUGAAGCCUGCUUCCUUGCCUGGUCCCCUGAGACCCAGGCCAGUUGCUAUUUGACAUGUUUGUCGUAAAGCAACUGGAUGCUGUCCUCCUCCCAUAAGGAGCAGGUGAAGGACCACAUUUUGCCACCUUGCCCACAAGGAUAUCAUGGGGGAACAUUGUCAAGCGCUUUGCUGAAAUUAAGAUAUGCUUUGUCCGCAGUGGUCACAUGGUCUGCCUGUCUAGUAAUUCCAUGAGAAAUGGAGAUAAGGAUGGGCUUGCAUGGCUAUUACUCUAUAAAACUCACAUUGGCUUCUGUUAUACAAUGCAGUUUUAUUUUCUAGAUACCCCAGGCCUACUGUUAUAGCCAGACUGUGGUUUCCUUUCUUCAGGUCAUUCAUUAUUAGACUAAAAUACUUGUAUUCUGUUGCUCCCGUUUGGCAUUGUGUGUGUGUGUGUGUGUGUGUGUGUGUGUGUGAGAGAGAGAGAGAGAGAGAGAGAAGCAUCACAAGGUGGGGACAUGGGAGCUCCCAUUUGGAGAGGAAGUCUUUUGGGCUGUGCAGCAAGCCCAGCGCUCAACAACCAUGACUCUUCUCUAGCCCUUUUCGACUCCAUUAGCAGCAGUCAAGGGAGGCUUCCUGCAGUAACCCAGAUAGGCUCCUGCAACUCGGGGGCCUCUGCUGCUGCUGCUGGCGCAGUGCUUCUCUCACACGCUUGUGUUCUCCAUACUUGAUCAAUCACUGACAGCCUCAUUGUUUUAUAAUGCCCCUCUCAGCACGCUGUUUUCAACCCAUCGCCCUGCUUGCUUUAUAGUCUAUAAAUAUUUAAUUCUUUAAUAAACUGCUUACGUGUAACACCAAAUGACAGGUGUGUGUCGUUCCUCUCUUCCAUGGUGCAUCUGUUUGCAAAACAGUGUUCUGCUCUCUCUCGGCAAGAGCCACAAUGCCUCUUAGCCAUCUGCAGCUUUGCUCUUGGAGUCUGGAGUCUGUUGGCCUUCAGAAGGUGGUGCUGGGCCCACUUCUGAGCAUGCUUCUGCUUAGGGAGGGGGGUGUGGAGGGCGAUUUGCUCUUGCCCCAGAUUGGCCUCUAUACAGCUUCUGUCGGCAGCUGCUGCUGCUGCUGGGCUUUCUGUAAAUCCCCCAUCUCCCUGUUCUUUCUACACUGUAAGCUAUGCAUGGAGGGGGCCCUAUCCAAGGCCUUUGUUACAACCAUUUCCUUGGUGCUGCUGUCGCUGCUCAGUGUACUAACAGCUAGACAGCCAAGUUUGGGGGCCCUGGCCUCACUUGUGGCACCUGAAAGACUAACAUUCUUUUAAAGGUGCAAGCUCUUUUGGACUAUCCUCAGUUGCAAGGAUAUGUACAUGUGGUUUGCGGGGGCAGGAUUGUAAAUAGUGAGGUCAGAGUGAAUUGAGAUGCAGAAGAGUACAGAGAUGCUAAAGCAUCUUUAGCCAGUACUGGCAGCUCCAGGGUCAGCAAUCUAAAUCUUUGGCUGAGAAACAAGCAGAAUGGGCAGCAGACCCUCCAGUUUGGGAAAAACAAAGCUGCCCCCCACCCCCACCACAGUUAAUCCUGAUUACCUUUAUUGCUGUCUUUUGACACUGUCAUCUGUUCUAGAGCUUUUUGUUAUAUACGCACUUUAUCUAUAAAACCUCUUACUAACCUAAACUUUCUGUUUGACCCUGCCUUAUUUUAAAGGGUUUCCUUUUUGUGUCUAUGGACACCUCAAAAGCUUUUGAUGUGUUUACAUAAGUUUUCUCUAUGAAGAGGAGGUACUCAUACCUGAUGUAUUUGGUGAUAUGUAGGGCAAUCUGGAGGAUCCCUGAAGCCUGCUUUUAACCUGAGACCUCCACUGGGUGGGGAGGCAAGAUUGCAGACAAAGCCCUACUGCCCAUGAAAGAAGCUACACAGUAGAUGCUGAAGCCAGGCCUGGGGCCAGUUUUGCCAGUUACUUAAGACACACCUUUUCAUCCCAGCCUUCAGAUCUUUUUGAUGAGGCUUUCAAGGCAGUUUUUUACAGAGUAGUCUAUUAUUAAUAUAAUAAUAACAUACUGAUGCUGAUAUUUAGAGCUGGUUGUACAGUACUGUUUUUGAUUAGCUGUUGCAGGUGAGGUAUUUUGUACUAUUGCUUGUAAACUGCUUUGUGAUUUUUAAGAAGAGGGGUAUAUAUGUGGAAUAAAUGGAAACUUUCCUCCUCGUUGGCAAUGCUUUUCUGGAAGCAUGAAGAGAUGCUGUUUUCUGCAAGGGUCGUGGUGCAUGGCUAUAAACAUGUUGUUGUUGUUGUUGUUGUUGUUGUUGUUGUUGUUACUAUUACAUUUAUUUAUAACCCACAUUUCCCCCAAACUGGGACUCAAGACAGGUUACACAAAUUAAAAGAACACAAAUAAAAUACAAAAAGCUGAAAACAUGUAAAAGAUAAUUGUUAAAAAUUAGUUAAACUCUAGUAGGGUUAACAUAAUAUAAAAACAAAUCUAUUAAAAUACAAAUAAGAAAAACAGCACAGCACUAUUAAAACCCACCCUUUCUUUUCUUUUAAAAAAAAAAGCAGUUUCCAAAGGCCUGUCUGAAUGCAACAGUCUUCACCUGCCAGCAGAAGGACAAGAAAAGGGAGCCAGUCUAGCUUCUCUAGGAAGGGAUUUCCAAAGUCUGGGAGCAGCCGCCAAGAAGGCCCUCUCCAACAUCCCCAUGAAGCAUGCCUGUGAGGGUGGUGGGACUGAGAAAAGAAGUUUCCUCAAAACUCUCAGAGCCUGGUCAGGUUCACAGGAAAGAAUACAGUCCUUCAAAUAGCCUGGGCAUAAGCCAUGGAGGGCUUUAUAGGUCAUAACCAGCCAUUUGAAUUGUGCCCAGAAACAGAUGGAUAGCCAGUGGAGCUGUUGUAAAAAUGGAGUUUUAUGCUCCCUAUAAUCAACCUUGGUCAACCAUCCGGCUGCAGCUCUUUGGGCCAGUUGAAGUUUCCAAGCACUUUUCAAAGGGAGCUCCAUGUAGAGCAUGUUAUAGUAAUCCAAACUGAAGAUGGUGCCACCUCUCAUCCCAUCUGAAUUAAGAUGCUGUAGAACUGAAAAAGGCAACCAGGAAAUAUGUGGGAGUGGUCAGAGCCCCUGUCUUGGGAAGAAAGGCCAAAGAGAUUGCAUCUUUUUAGUUUAGGGCAGGGGUCAGUAAAUUUUUUCAGCAGGGGGCCGGUCCACUGCCCCUUAGACCUUGUGGGGGGCCAGACUAUGUUUUUUGGGGGGAAUGAAUGAAUUCCUAUGCCCCACAAAGAACCCAGAGAUGCAUUCAAAUAAAAGGACACAUUCUACUCAUGUAAAACACGCUGAUUCCCAGACCGUCUGCGGGUCCGAUUUUGAAGGUGAUUGGGCCAGAUCCGGCCCCUGGGCCUUAGUUUGCCUACCCACAGUUUAGGGUUAGUAGGGCUGGAAUGCGUUGCUGUGAAAAUCAUGCCUUUCCAGUCACCAGUUUCAUAUAGCAGAGAUUUAUUUUUUUAUUUAAGGUUUCUUUUAUCGCACCCUUCAUGAUGUCAAAUUUCAGGACGAUGUGCAACAUAAAUCAAAUAUAGAAAUACACUUUUAAAAGGCCUGUAAGACUUUAAAACAGACUAAAACUUUCACAUGUUUAAGUUGUGGGCAUAUGGAAGGUUUCAAAUUGCCCAGGGUCACACUUCCAUGCAGCUCACCUUCCAUGGCAACUUGCUGGGUCAGUCUAUUAUAUCAAAUGCUAGAGUAUUCCAGCACCUAGUUCAGGCGGGGGAUAAUCUCCAUCUUGCUUGACAGGCAUGGUCUGCCAGGCUUACCCAUUUGGCCCACCAGACUGUUUUGGGCAAGUCAUGCCCACCAGCUCUAAACCUGAUGUCAUAAAGCUAAGGUGGGGCUUGGCUGACAGGGAAGAGUUUGCCCUAAACCUGCUUUUUGCAGCUCUCCAGACACCUGACAACUACCUGGUUAUCAGGAGCCUUUGAAGCACUGGACUUCCAGUGAGAAAUCAUGGCUGUUGAAACAUUUCCUGACAAGGUUCCUGGUUACCUGGUUAAUUAUCAGAGAUAAUUAGGUGGUGUUUAAUGAUAGUUAUUGCCUAUUGUAUUAUCUCUGAGGAACAGAGAUAACAGGGAUUAACUUCCAGUGUUCUGGAAGGACUGUUCUCCCAUCGUGAGACUGAGAAAUCUUCAAGGUGAAUGACCAGGCAGCAGCAGAACUGCAAUCUUGCCCAAACACCACUUAAUAGCCCUAGGUGUCAGUCCUUAGGGCAAAGAUCAGCUCAACCUCCCUUUCUUCAAUCAUUUCUGAAACUCCUAUAAAUUACUAUAGAGAUUCUCUCUGAUCUGAUAGCUGGUUUAAGAUGAGAUGCCAUUAAAGGGCUCAUAACAAAACAAAAAAGCAUGCUCUAAUCCAUGGGUAGGCAAACUAAGGCCCAGGGGCCGGAUCCGGCCCAAUCGCCUUCAAAAUCCAGCCUACAGACAGUCUGGGAAUCAGCAUGUUUUUACAUGAGUAGAAUGUGUGCUUUUAUUUAAAAUGCAUCUCUGGGUUAUUUGUGGGGCAUUGGAAUUUGUUCAUUAUUUUUUUCAAAAUCUAGUCCGUCCCCCCACAAGGUCUGAGGGACAGUAGACUGGCCCCCUGGUGAAAAAGUUUGCUGACCCCUGCAAGUCUAAUCAUACGUCCCAAAGAAAGUUGUUAAACAUCUAAGAGAUUCCCCAACUCAACAAAAUUCAUCUUAUUUUAUUCUAUUCUUAAUCCUCAGCUUGACUGGUGAAUGAGCUGCUUGUAAUGUGAAACUAUGUGACAGCUUGUUCUGAGAGUGGAAUAUUAAGAAUAUAACUUCCUGAUAAGCAAGGACUAUGGAUUUCAGGGAAAGUACUCAGUAUAGGAAAAAUACUGAAAAGCACCCCACUGAUUAGUGGUGUCAUGCAACAAUUAUUGAAGGAGCACUGAAAAGAACUAAGAGUGGAGAUGCAGAAAAUGGUAAAUGGAAAAGGAUUGGACAAAGUUGAGGCUGGAGAAAAUAUGCAUCCUUUGAGAAAGAAUACUGGUGGAGGUUUGCCUGAGCAGUAGAAUGUAAUAGUUAAGCUUGAGGCUAUGGAUGAUGAAAUUGAGAGGACCUCCACAUGCCUGAUGGAGCUAAAUGUUGGAGAUGAGGAAGGGAACCACGGAUGGAGCAACUAAGAAGUAUUCUGAGCUGGCAGAAAUAGAGUUAGGAAAGAAAUGACUAUAAAAUUUGAACUAAAUCUAGAGGAAAAAAAUUAUUAAGCCUCUCACAACAUUCUUGGAAAAAUAAUGGAAGAAGAGGAAAUGGAAACUAUGUGGUUGUUUUUUUUAAAAAAAAGGUUAGGAUGGAAAAUGAUGGCCAACAGAAAAUAGGAAGAUAAGGAUCUGGGUGUGAAAUAAUGAUUAUACACAAGUAAAUAACUAUGGAUCAUUUUUUCAAUAUAUGACUACAGCAAAGAGACUCUUGAAGGAAUAAAGACCAAGGAUUUACUGUUUCUCAGUACUGGAGGUAAAAUUGUUAUGUUAGUCUGGAAAACGACUAUUAUUGACUUUUAUCAAUAGUAAUAAUUGAAGAACCUCUUUUGGACUUUUUGGAAGUAAAAAUGAAUGAACUUGAAAUGCCUAGACUUGAAGACUGGAAAAGCAUUGCCUAGCAAAUGGAGUUACAGGUAGGUAGCCGUGUUGGGCUGCCGUGGUCGAAACAAAAAAAAAAAAUUCCUUCCAGUAGCACCUUAGAGACCAACUAAGUUUGUUAUUGGUAUGAGCUUUCAUGUGCAUGCAGACUGGGGGAACAGCUGGAUACUACCCUGGAGUGAACAUUUGAAAAUUUUGAAGAACUCUUGUAUAUACAGCUGACAGGUGCAUAGCUGGAAGUCCUUUUUUACUUAUUUAUUUUUUUUAUAUUCUUUUAUUGUUAUUUUUUUGGGACGCGGGUGGCGCUGUGGUCUAAACCACUGAGCCUAGGGCUUGCCGAUCGGAAGGUCGGCAGUUCGAAAGCACGUCAAAGUGCAAGUAGAUAAAUAGGUGCCACUCUGGCAGGAAGGUAAACAGCAUUUCCGUGUGCUGCUCUGGUUUCGCCAGAAGUGGCUUAGUCAUGCUAGCCACAUGACCCGGAAAAACUGCGGACAAACGCCAGCUCCCUUGGCCACUAAAGCGAGAUGAGCACCGCAACCCCAGAGUCGUUCACGACUGGACUUAACUGUCAGAGGUCCUUUACCUUUACCUUUUUUUGUUGUUAUGUUUUACUCCUUUAGUAUUUUUACCUCUUUGUUAUUUUUUGUUUCUUGCUUUGUUUUGGCUUCUGCUUUGCUUUGUUUCUUUGGGUUUUUUGUUAUCCUCUACUCAGGGUUAAUGAGGGCUUUGCAUACAGAUGAAGGUGAUGGAUGGUUGUUGAAGGACCCUGUGUGAGAGGCAGGGAAGGCAAGAUCUCCUAGGGUGGGAGGCUGGGUGAAGAAAGGGAAGCUCCCGGGGAGAGGUGGGAGGGUUCACCUUUUUCUGUUUGGGACAAUUUAAGAUCUCCCAGUGAGAGAGGACUUUGCAUUCUUCUUUUUCUCUUCCUUUGUUUUUGUUUAGAUUUGUUUUCUGUUGCAUUGCAUUAUGAAAGGUCUUAUUAAAUUCUUACGGGUGGUGGGGAAGAGGAACCUUUGAAGCAUUGCACAAAGGAGAACCUAGUGCGAAAACAGGAUCAUUCUCCUUUUACAUCAUCCAUUGCAAAGAGAGCAAUCAUCCUGCUUAGUGCUGGGCUUGGUUGCACUUUUCUGUUACGCAGGCGGGAGAGUGGCACCCACUUAAAGGAGACUGCUGCACACCCACUUAAAGGAAAAGCAGAGCAAAAUACAGUUUGAAACGGCUUCCCCUCUGCCAGCUUAACAGAAAAGUGCAGUGUACAUGUACACACACCACACAAUGGCUCUCUCAUUCCUCGGUGUUACAAUUUGGAGACAUCCACAUUUGCAGAACUGGUCUGAAAUGCAAUGUCUUCCAUUCAUCCUAUGUCUUCAUGUGGAUAACUUUUGGUGAGCGGUUGUAUUUAUAUUUCAAGGGGGUGUCCAUGAUGCUAUAUGUGAUACAUAUGAUAAUAAUGUCAGAUUGUCCUCUGGUUUUUGUAAUCUGGGGGAGGGGGGAAAUGCCCCUAAAGGCUGCAUUAAAUUUAAGGAGCAUGGGUGAACUACCAUCUUAUUUUUAAAUACAAGGUGGCCAUAGGUUUCUCUCAUUUAAAAGCAAAACGAAAAAAGAGAACCCCCAACUACUUCAUAUUUAAAGCUAAUAUAAAAAAUGACCUUCCCAAGGAAAGGUGUGGCAUGCCUACAUCUCCCCACUUGGUGGUUGGUAGUGAUGGUGAGUGAUCCCAUUAGAGUUGUCCCAACUUGAGAGCAUAAGGCCAGUGGGGUUGGGCUCUGUCUAGCUCAGCAAAGAGAGGUUUGGGGAAUAUUCCAAAAUAUUCCUAUAAAGAUGCAAUUGUUCAAAUAUCUGUGCAAGUGGCCUCAGUAGAGAAGACUACGUAAGAGAAGAUCUCUUGGGUCAUUUGCCAACUUUGGGAUACAUAUUACUGACUCCUGCAAUAUGCAGCUGAUAGUGGAGAAUGUGUGGUUUUGCAAAUUUUGCAUCAUGUGCAUUAGAUGGUGAAAGGACAUAACAGGUUUAUUCAUUGUGUAGAGAAAGCACACCCUCAUAAUAUUAUAACUGGGGACCAUGCAGUGAAACUGACUGACUGGCAUAGCAUUUAGGACAGCCAAAGGAAGGAACUUCUUUAAUAACUAAAGGUUAACUUGUGGAAUUCACUGCUUCAAAAUGUGGUGAAAGCCACUGCUUUAUAUGGCUUUGAAAUGGGGAUAGAGUGAUCAAAUCUGGUCAGAUUUUUGCAGCAGACUGACCCAGUUCAAUGUUUCCUGAACUUGCCUACAGCUCAGAAUUCAGCUGUCAGCCAUGUUUCACACUUCUCUGGGUUUUGUGAUUCUGUUUUGAUCCUGAGAAGUGUGUGUGAAAAUACUUAUUUUAUGUUAAGAUGUACAGUAUACAACUUGUCUCUUUUAGGAGGAACAGUGCAGGGAAAUGCAUCUAAAACAUGUGUUUUAUGGGAAGAUUGUGUACAAAAUCUGUACAAUUCACAUGCGGAUCUUUUGUAUAUUCUUUUGGAAAGUGUGCAAAAAUCCAAACAGAAAAGGCUCAUGAUUGAGCUCCAGGGAAAUUGACCUGAGACAGACGUAGACUGGUCCAUCCACCUCCACCCUGAAAGAGCAUUAGGCAAAUUCAUGGGAGAGAAUAUCAGGCCUGUUGGUGUGAAUGGUUCUGUGCAAUUUCUAUGCAGAGCAGGUGUCUGCCCCUAAAUAUCUUAUUUGGUCACUGCCAGUCAGAGCAGGUGAUAUUAUUGGGCUGACACAAAAGAAGGCAGCUGUCUGUUCCUCCAUCACUCCAAUCAGUAUAGGUUUAGAAUCUAUGGAGAUUGUCCUAUUUUGUCCUCCCAAUAGCCCAAACAAAUUGCACAGGGACCAAGACCCGUUGAGGGGUUUGAACCCAAGACCAGUGUUACCUAGAACCACCGCAUCAUGUGGACUGGCUCCUUCACUCUUUGGAUUCCUUUACAGUAGGCUUCUUUUUGUUUAAUGUGGGGUUUUUUUGUGUGUUUUUUUACUUAUUUUAAAAAUAAAAAAGGAAUCCCUUGUAAUCUUCUCAUAUAUUUCUGGUGUUUGUGUGGCUAGAUAAUGGGUGGGUGGAGAAGCUUUGGCCCUUUAGCUGUUGCUGAACUACAAGUCCCAUCACCCUUAGCCAUUGGCCAUGCUUGCUGUGGCUAUUGCAAAUUGUAGUUCAGCAGCAUCUGGAGGGCCUGGAGGUUCCUCACCCUGGCGUAGUUCUAAUAUUCUGUCUGUUCCAAAAUAAGCUGUGUGGAGGACUUCUGGGGGAGGCGCCUCCGGUAAUGGCAGAAUUCCUCUGACCGGGAGGAAUCUGCUCCGUGGAAAUCUGGGUCUGGCCGCCACGGCGAAGGCGGAGACCCGUUAAAAUCACAGGUGGGAGAAGCCUGUGAAUGUGGGAUUCGGCGGGCACCUUUUACGCCUUCCCCACUCGCAGGGAACCCCGGUUUUUGGGUCUCCGGAGCGACGUGGGGUGAGCGGCGCGGUGCAUCGAAUCGUCUGCUUCUUCCUUGGAGCGAAGCCGCAUAGCUGUUGCCGGAGAGCGCUGACCUUUUCCUGUGGACAAUUUGACUUUAAAGUAAUUACCCGUGAGUAAAGCUGAAACGGAAGAAUUGGAUUUCUAAAUGUUUAAUUUGGCACCGUAACGGGGAGGUUCAAAACAGGAAGUCUGCCUUCCCCUUUUGUAUAUAGACUGAGGCAAUGAAGUUGCAAGCUGGAGUCCUGGAAGGUCUUUUGUAAAAGAUUAAAUUUCCAACGGUAAAGAACAUUAAACCCCCUCUUGGAGGCAGGAGAAAAGAGGGGGAAGUUGCGGAUUGAAUAUGCCUGCGGGAGAGAGCGAAGAGACUUAAAACACCGCCGCUCUGACCCCGGAAACGGGCUGCUAGUAGGACUGACGUCUUUUGGAAUGUUCAUUGACAGCGUUUAGAACGUUCAUUGACAGCUAGCUAAAUAAGAGAAAUACAUUGUCUCUACUGUCUCCGGCUGCUUUAAAAGGAGUAAAAGUAACUGAAAAUUGUAACUAAUUUGAAACUAAUCUUGGAUUGUUUAAAAGAGGAUACUAUUGACUAUUACAAAUAGAAACUGUUUCCCCCUAGUGGAAGCCUUUGAAACCGGUUGCUUUAUAAGAGAUGGGCUAGGGGAAUUUCCAGCUGCAAGUUAAAAACCGUGAGACUCUGGGACUGACCUUGAAUCUUUUAAGUGUUAUGGUAAAUGGAAGAGGAAAAACAGACCAGUCAACUGUUGACAAAACAUUAAGGUCUGGGAGGACUUGGUAACAAUCCAGGAGAGGUCUAUCAUUAGGCCCUCCUGCUCUUUUUGUUGUUGUCUUUGUACUAGUAUAUUUAAAACCAAGAAAUGUCGACAGAAGAGGCUUUAGUGGCUGCAUUAUACAAGAUAAAUGACUCACUGGAUCAGCUUCACAGGAAAAUGGACAUGAUAAAUGCGAAAGUGGAUGUUUCAAUUACUAAAACUAACUUAAAGACAGAAAGUAUAAAUAAUACCAAUACAGAAACCACCCAGAAAUUGAUACAAGAACCUAUUUUGAUAUGGCAAACUGUGGAGGAAAUUGGGGAAAAAGCUGUUGCUGCUGAAGGUAAAGUGACACAACUGGAGAGAAAGAGAAAGAGAGCCCCAGCCCUACAGAGGCAAUUUGAUGAACACAAGUUGACGCUUGCUACAACUGAACUUAAAGAAAAACAGACGAAUUUGAGGAUUAGAGUUCACCUUUGGUGGACAUGCCCAAGGAUUAAGACACUCUGGGAGAUGAUUCAUAACAAAAUGAAAAAGGUAUUUAAAUAUACCCUUUCGAAGAAACCAGAGGCCUUUCUCCUGGGCAUGGUCGGCCAAUUGGUGUUAAAGAAGGAUAGGAUUUUUUUCAUGUAUGCAACAAUAGCAGCAAGAAUACUCAUUGUGAAGUACUGGAAGACACAAGAUUUAUCCAUUCGGGAAGAAUGGCAGAUGAAGUUGAUGGACUAUAUGGAAUUGGCGGAAAUGACUGGCAGAAAUCCGAGACCAGGGAGAAGAGUCGGUGGAAGAAGAUUGGAAAAAGUUUAAGACUGUUUAUAGAAACACUGUAAAAAUAAUGAAUGUUAGGAAAAUGUUGGAAUGAAGUUAUAUGGCUUUAGUAGAAAUGUUAUAAAGAAUCAAGUAUAAAUAGAUUAAUAGUGCAUUAAAGGGAAAAUAAGGCUAGAAUAUGUUAAGAUAAUUAUAGGAUAGAAAACAGAGGAAGAUGGAAAGGAAUUGCUGAAAUAAUUAACAGAAGUGGAAAACAAAAAGGGAGGUGGGAGGAGGACGUGGAAAUAAGGGAAUGAAAAAUAAGAUAUUGAAAAUGUUUUGUGUUUGAAAUGGUUUGUGUCUUGCUUUGUUAGUUCUAUGUUUUUCUUUUUUUUUCUUUCUUUUUCUGUUUUUCUGUUUUGCUGUGUUUAAAUGGUUGAAAAUUAAUAAAUAUUAUUUUAUAAAAAAACACAAAAUAAGCUGUGUGGCAACCCUGCUUUGGACUCCAUGAUGCUGCUUCCAUCCCUUUGGACUUGGUGGUGCCAUCUCUGCUUUGCAAUUUCUUUGUAACUUAAAAACAACAGGUGGGCCCUCUGAAGGGACUUGACCCUAACCCCAUUUUACGCCCUUUGGUUUCCUUUCCUUUCCAGGGGCACUUUAUCAGUCACUGCCUGCUCUGUGUGGGCCUCCUUUUUUUCACCUUCAGCAGCACAGUGACCCCCAAAUCCAGGUGUGGGGAAGGAUGAUGGGGGUCUCUAGUUCAGCCCCACUUGCUAGCUUCCUCAGUCCACCUCUGGGGAAUCUGCAUGCCACGGGAGUGGGCAGAGUCCUCAAAGGUAUGGCUGCCUUGGGCCCCAGCUUGCCUCCUUUCCAGCAGCCACUGCUGGUCUUUGGCCUGGUCCAAGUUUCACCCUCAGCAGCUCCUGUGGAACCAGUGCUGCUGCCUCGUCUCCCUUCUCCUUGUGAGGCUUCUCUGCAUCCGCUGUGGAAAUGCCAGUCUAGGCUGGAGCAGUGCUGAAAGUCCCUUGCCCAGGAAUGCCCCCGGAGCCUCCUAGUGAAACAUGUGACUGGAAAUGCAGCGCUGUCUCAGCUGCCUUCUCUCCCCUGCCUGUUUCUCUGGGCGUGGCAGAGAGGAUCUUCCUCCCCUUGGCACAUUCAAAGUUGGCCUGCACUCCAUGUGACUCAUGACUCACCAUCUCUUCCCUCCUCUCCACCAGUUCUGUUUCAUUUGAAUAAAGAUAAUUUAUGUGGACAUUCCUUCAGUCGGGUGUCUGUCAUCAUUCCUCCCCCUCCCUCUGUCCUAACACUGUUAUUUCAUUGAUGCUUUGCGCCCCAAUGGGGUCGUUAUGCUUUUGCAUAUCAUUAUGUUUUUAUGAAGAACAACAGCGACAUCUGCAUGUGCCGCAGCGCUAUGGGCACAAGCAGAGGAAAUGCAGCAAGCCCCCCCCCCCCAAGACGGUGCCUUCCUAGUUCUGGCUUCCUUCAACUCCCUGUUCUGCCACCACUGCCAUCAGCAGCUCCACCAUCAACGGCGCCCUCCCAUUUCAACUCAUCCGAAUAUUCAUAGUUGCCCAAGAGGGAAAGCUGGGAAAGGAGGGGGGUAAAUUCUGCUAUCUAAAAUUAUCCAGUCAAGUUCCGCUUCUGAGCCAAGAGUAUGUCACCAUAUGGCAGCUUGUGAAGCUGACAAUGGUUGUUCUGCUGGCAGGAAAGCCCCUCCACCCCCAAAACCAACCAGCAUCCGAUGAAAAGCCAGAGGGAGCAGUGACAAUCCUGCUGUUGUCUGCGUGUGAUAAAAGCCCCCAAUUAAGACGUUGGCCAUGUCUAAGAGCCACAAAGAAUUCCCUGUAUUCAGCUGCAGCUGCCGCCACUGGUGCCUUCCUUGGCUGGCUAGUGCCAGGGCAAAAGGAUCUCAGCCGGCAAGUAAUUGAUGAAAUGACUGAGUGGGGACACCAAAAGAAAAGCAAGCAAAGGAGGAAAACAGAGGAGACCCAACUGUUUGCUAAUAAGAGGGUGGGCUGCAAUUCCCGCAUGGAUAUCCUUGCCCCCACCACACACCCACACACCCCUGACAUCGUCUCCAGAAUUAAUCUGAUCCCAAAUGCCUGUGAAGAAGGGCAGACCUGCCAGGGCAUUCCCCUGGAGCCAGCGAUCCUCCUGGCAGCGCAAGUCUGGCUUGGCCUCAGUCCCCUCUCCGAAGGCUCCGCUGCUGGAAUUGGAGGUAUCCCAGGUUAUAUCCCACUUUCAAAGGUUUCCAAAUGGAAGGCGGACUGAGGUCUGGCUCCUGGCAUCUCAGGCAGAUAGGCAGGCUUCUCGUUGCCCCCAACCCCCGCCCCUGCCCGCAACAUUGCACCUCUCUUAGCUCACCAUCCCCCUGUAGUUUGCCUUAAUGAUAUGCAAAUGAAAUAUGCAUAAAACCAUUCUACUGUAUGAUGAUUAAACACUGGAGACAUUAAGAGCCGUGCCUCGCGCUUUGACGGUGAUGGUAAUCUUCCCCGAAUAUCCACUUUGCGGAGUUUGAGAAACCCAAGCUGCUGCUGGCCGGAUGUGUGGAGGCUUGAGCGGGCACCGCGGGUGACCCAGCACCCAUCUCUCGGCGGCUUCUUUUCCAGGAGGAUCCCCCACCCCCCUUUUCGUCCUGCAUUCCGUUUGUAAUCCAGCCAUGCGACUGCACCGGGCGAUUAACAGAACACCCCUCUUUUCUCUUAACGUUUCAGAGCUCAUUAGCAAAACGAUUAUUCCUCAUUAACUGCAAAAGCUUGUUCAUUAGAAGAAAAAAAGAUGCCCAAAAGAUGCCAUUGCUGUUAAUCCUGAUCUCUGCCGCUUGGCAGUAAAUCCUGUACCAGUAUUUUCCAUGCAAAAGAGAUGCGUGCCAAUCUCCGCUUUUCUCUUCAGUGGGUUUCUUUUCGGACGAAGAGGGAAAACAAACCCCCAUUUAGCAUAUUUUGUAAAUUCCCGUUAAGUGAGAAGCCAAUUAAUAUUCCCGUGGCAUGACUUUAUUUUUGUGUCUUCCUUUUGUCUCCAGCACCCGUCCCUGGCUCAGCGCCCGAUGCCAGCUGAAAGCCUUUCAGGAUCCACAACAGCACAGACAGUGUAAGUAAGCAGCUUUGUUUUUCUACAAAGCAGCCCCAGAGAGCCUCCGGCGCCACAGAGUGGGACUCUGGACCUGGCCUGUCUGGUGUGCCACCUGGGCGUCAGGAGUAGCACCUUCCAGAUCUCGCUCUGCUUUCAAGUUGGUGCAGAUCUUAGUGGUAUAUAUUCUCUCUCUCUCCCCCUCUUUUUCUUUCUCUCCCCCCCCCCCGACACACACACACACUCCAUAGUGGAUCUUGCAAAGGGCGUCCCAUCGGCCCCAUUCAUCUCCCUGGUGAUAGCAACGCAUGGAAAUAAAUCUGCUACUGCUUCUGAAGAAGGGUGGGUGGGUUUGUUUGUUUUUUCUGGGUGGAGGGGGGAACAUCUGUGUAUACCUGGGUUAAAAGUGGCAAGUGUAUACACGGGCAUUCUCUCUCUCACUCGCACACUUGUACUUUCUAACUUACACACGUGCACAUACACAGGCAUCAACAUGUGUGUGCAAGCAUGCACACAUGGAUAAAAUCUGAGUGCAUGCUCAAACGAGUGGGCAUAUAGGCACACCCGUCUUGUACAUACCUAUCUCUGUGUGUGCCAGUGUCUGUGCCUUCAGGUGCGCAUUCACACGCAGCAGUCACGCAUCCAUAGAGAAGCAUUGCGAAAUGUUCUCUCUCCAACCCUGAACACCCAAAUAAUGCUCUUUUCUGCCUGCCUUCAAAGGUCUUACGGGAGACCUUCCAGCUCGUCCUCGUCCACCCCCGCCCCCCAAUCUCCUCUCUUUCGCUGCAGGUUUGGCAUCACUCUCUGGUCCACUGACUGGCAGCUGGUAUCAGCCAGAGCCUGCGUUCAUGAUGCUUCCUGUGGCAUCUCUUCUUCAAUGGUGGCUGUCUCCAGUUAGCUGGUUGUUGACUGGGCUGGAGUGUCUUCUCUCUUUCUGGUUCUAGCUAUAAAUGAAACUGCCUGGUGAACAAACCAACAGCUUGCAGCGAACAACCCAUUUGCGUGCCUUCUGUUACGCCGACAGAUGCCCAGUUGCCCCUGGCACAGCAACGCAGGAGGGGCAAGCAGACGGGGGGCUGUUUUUGCUCUUGGCGCCUCCUUCUUUUCCUUUCUUCUUUUAAAGGCUCAAGGAUGCCAGCCUGGGCUUGGGAGUGGCAUCAUGGCGGAAAUGGCGGCCUUUGUCUUCCGUUGCGCUGGCUCCACUGCAGCAGAAUGAAGCUGAAAUGGCGGAGGGGUCCAGUUGGCGCCUUGCCUGUGGGGGAGCCCCUGGAUCUCUGGAGUCCAAGGGAGAGGCGAGCUUGCCCUCCUCCUCCUCCUGGCACCCCGUGCCCUCGGCUGCCGCUUGUUGUCUGCUCCCGGGCUCUGGCUAAUCUCCCUUCGCUGCUCCGCACUGUCUGGCCCACGUACAGGACCCCCAGAACAUAUGCCCGCUGCUGCUCUUAUCACACGAAACUGUGGCGUUGCCACUGAAUGGAUGGCACCGUGCCAACUAGUCUGCCAUCCGCCCUUGCAGGCAGCUCUUUCCUUUCUUCCCUCCCACCCACCCUCUCUCUCUCUCUCUCUCACUCUCCCCUCCUCCUUCUGUCGACUUGACGUUAAUUAACACACGGAUUAAUUGAUUUUAAAAGCAAAAGAAUUACAGUCAACUUUUCCCACAGGGUGCCGACGCCAGCCGCUUGGCACAUUUCUGCCUUUCACAGGGGGGCAGGAGGGAGGCGCCCACAGCAGCACAGCGCAGCGCAGCCAGCCCCUGCAGGAGAAGUGAGCAACGUUGGCUGCUGAUGGAAGGCGAGCGACACCCUCCCAUCUCAUCCUUCGCAAUGUGUUGCUAUUACAGUUCGUUAUAAAUAAUCAGAGGAGCCCCUCCUCCCAUCCCUCUUCUAAAAAACGAAAGCUCUUCUGAGCUCUGAGGAGACAAGUGUCCCCCACCCCCAGCUUGGCUUAUUAUCACCAAAUACAGAGAUAGUCUCUGUUGUAUAUAAUUAAGCAGUUAGGAAGGGAAGGAUUUCCCACCUCCAGCCAUGCUGGCAAUGACGGAAAACGUCUCCCUCUUUCCCUGGUCUUGCCUCCUCAUUCCUUCCUCCCUAAUUGGCUCAGAUGCGUGGCUUCUGGUGAAGAAUCUCAACCAGGUCCAAGUUGGUGGGUUGCAAUUAAGGGCAAUAUUUCUCAUGCCAGGGCUUAGGGUGCUUUUGCCUCCCCCCACCCCACCCCCUGGAGGCAAAGGGCCAAGCAGACAAGGCGGGGUGGCCAGCUGGAACCAGCCUUUGCCUUUUAUUUCGUUUUGGUUUUUUUUUAAAAAAAAAACCACACAAAGCAAUUGAAGCGGUGACUGGAAUCCAUUAUGCAAAUCAGGCAGUAUUUGCAUAAUGUUUCAUGACUGGAAUAUGCAAAUGAGUUGUAUAAUUUAUGAGUGCCAGUGUCUGUCUGUGAAUUUGUCCUGUGCCGAGGCUCCCUCUUAACACCAGUGAAAGCCCCUCCUUCCCUCCCUCCUCUCAACUCUUUCCUUUCCCAGGCCAGACCUGGCCCAGUUUGCUCUUCCCACCCUGGGAGGGUGUUGCUCAGGUUAACUGCAGCAGCAGCAGCAGCAGCGCACAACACAAAGAGCGGUCCAGGGGAACAUCCUCUCGGGGUGGGGUGAGUUGGACUUGGCAAAAGAGGGAGUGGAGCAGGCACAUUCCAGGCCCUCCAAGGCUUUUCUGGGGGGUUCAUGGGAUCCCCCCUGCUCAUCUCUUUCUUUGACUAAAGGGUCUGGACAGUGCAGUGUUUCAUGGACUCCAAGCACUGGGCUUCUAGGCCCACAGUGACUGAUGUACAUCCAGAAAUGGGGCAGUUUUUCUGUUCUGACUGCAUGGUAGCUGCAUGCAGCCCUUGGAACAAGAGCCAAACAUUCCUUAUAAACUCUCUGCUCUGGAGGUUGACCAAAGCUUGACUCUGAGCAUUCCAUGGGAGCAUCAUUAUGACUUUGUGAUGACUUUCCUUAGGUGGCUGGCGAUAAGCAGGUAGAAGGUAAUGUUGAUAACUCUAAGUUGGUGGUAUUGGGUCUUGUAAAUUUAAACCGCUUCUUGCUGCAGUAGGAACCAUUUCCUGGUUGGCUUCCAGCCUUUUGUAGUAGAAGGCUAUUAUGUCUAUGUUGAGGUAGAGUUGCUCUUGCCACAGGAACUGGCCUGGCAGCUCAACCCUUUUGGCGACUCUGUGCUUAUUGCCUUCCACAGCCAUUGCUGGGCAAAGUGCGCAAAAUCUUUAAAUCUUUUAACAAAUCUUUGAUUAAUCCCUACUAAGUAGAUUAAGUCCCCCUGUAUACUUUCAGCGGAAGGAAUUUGCUCAGUGUCUUUCAGGGCACUACCAAUACAGCAAGAUACUUUGGUGAGCCGCACAGAUUCCCUUAGCAGGGGCCUCUGAAUCAGUCCUGCCACUGAAACGAUCUAUGGUGUCUGAGUACCAGCUAGAGUGGAUUUGAUUUAAAUCACUAGUCACUGAGAUUUGAUUUAAUUUUUUUUUUUUUACAGAAAGACAUUCCUGCUGGUAUAAUCUUAAUAUUUACAACCAGAUGAAGGUUUCAUUUUUGGAAUAAUAAAUUUUUAGAGUAGUUUUUACAGUUAUAUCAAAAAUUACUGAUUUGGUUAUACUAUUAGAAAUACAUAGACAGAUAAUUAUGAAAUUAUUGUGAGGUUUAAUAAGUUAACUGUUUAUAUUUUGACAACUUUUCUGCUGUACUUUAUUGGAAGGAGAAAAAUAAUCACUUCCUUAAUAACAAUUUAAACAAUUUAUUUAACUAAAACAAUAACAUUGUAGCAUAUGUAUCCAUGUUUGUUAACUGAUGUGGUUAAACUUUUUUAAAAAAAAAAAACCAACUGAGUUUCAGCACAUAUGAAAAACUUAAAAGAAAUCCUUAUUUCCUGAUGAAUAGCCUUUGGACUACUAUGUAACUUAAAUAGAAAACUCUUUAGAAAGAUUCCCCCCCCCCAAAAAAAAGCAUUUUCUUUUAAAAAUCCAAUCUAAAUUUUAAAAAAUCAGUUUUUUAAAAACACGAUUUACAUUUUAAAAAGUGGAAUUUUAUCUACCCUGGUACCAGCUGGACUCUCUGCCUUGUCAGUGCUCAGAAGCAGGAGAACUUGGAAGCCAGAGCAUAGGAGCCUACGCUUCCCUGACCUGACAUCACAGUUCAGAGGCUGGCCACAAAAGGCUGCAUGGCCCAUUCCUCCAUCAGACAGCUAGCAGCUGCUGUUUCUGAAUGUCAGUAAGCUACCUUACAUCAGGUCCAUCUUGCCCAGUAUGGUUCAAGGUCUUUUUUUUUUUUUAAUAAUUUUUUAUUAAGGUUUUAAACAAACAAAAAAGAAAAACAACACAGACAAAAAACAAUACAAAACAUAACAAUAAAAACACAAAACAUAACAAUUAAAAACAAACACUCUUUUCCAUUUCCAAUUUUAAAUUACUUAUUUUCUGGACUUCCUCAUACCUCCCUCUUUUGUAUUCCAAUCCACAUUAUUUGUCCAGCAGUUUCUUUUCCACUUUUUUAAUCAGUAUGGUUCAAGGUCUUGGCCAGAGAAAGACUUUUGGUGUCACCUGAUGCCAGGAGGUGCCAUUGGGAACUCAGCCUGGGCCUCCAGCAUGACAAACAGAUGCUCUGCCACUGAGUUCUGUUCCUUCCCAUAUUGUGCCAGGGAGGAGAUGCCUGGUUGUAACUGUGUGAGUGAAACUCAAAUGUCUAAAAAGAUCACUACUCCCAGCCUUGGCAUGAUCCACCUUGCAGAUGCACUUCACACAUUUUUCUUUUAUUAAAGUGGAGAAAAAAAUCCAUGUCUGGAAAAACCAGUUGUCACAUUAAAGAUUCAAACCCUGUGUGAGAAAUAGAAUAUGCACAAAUGUGUUUGUUUUGCAUACACAUUUUAAAUUUCUGUGUUUUUAUUGUAAACUCAGUGUUUGACUUCUAGGAGGAUUUCGCUCAUUAGUUUUGCUUCAUGGAGGUGGCUGGAGAAGUGAGAGGCAAGCCCACAGGGAGGCAGCCAGGUGUUGAGUUUUUACCCAGAGCACAAAUCAUUGGCAAGCCCUAAUUCUGCUGUCUUUCCCCAGCCAGGAGAGUGAAAAGGCUGGGCAGUGGCACUGGUGGUUUCUCCUCGGAAUAGAAGCUGAGGUUCUCAAGGAACAGCCACAGUGACCGGAUUGUGUACUGGUAACCCAAUUCCGUGUGCACAGAAAUCCCUCCACCAAAGAAGUUUUUAUUCUCCUUUGGGGCUGCAGCCCAGCCUUGCUGCUUCCCAUCAUUCACUUGCAUUCUUGAGUUUUCUUUUGAGCUUUUCCAAAUUGGCACACUUGGUAUUCCUCUUUUCUUUAAUGAUCAGCCCUCCUCCAUUUCAGGUCAUUCAGUCCAUCCCAGUCUUGUAUCACCAGCAACAAUUCUCUUCAAUUCCUAAUUGAAAGCUUCAGGGUCCUGACCUCCAGAACCCCACCCGAGAACUCUAGUAAUGUCUCUUGGGGCUCUCUCAUGUGCCAAUGACAAGUUUGUUCGUUACCUCUUGGAGAUAAUAGAUAUAGAUAUAUGUGAUGAGUAUGGGUUGCUCGUGCGUAAGUUGCUGCCUCUCCUGGCUAUGUUGCCUUGUUCAAUCCUUUCUGUCUGGACAGCCCUUCACUUCGUGGCUGCCUCAGUCGCUAGCAGAAUCCGUCAGUGGGCGUUUCUUAAACCUUUCCAACAUAAAAGUUGUUUGACGCCAAGUCUCCUCCUACUCUCCCUGCGCGGAAGCCUUCUGCGCAGGGAGGGCGUGGGUAGCGGAGGACUCGUGCUCUCCCUGCUGGUGUCCAGUGAAGAGUCCUGGAGCCCUCUCGCCGAUUCCCCCAUCUUCCCCCCUUUAUCCCUGGUGUUGCGCUGAUUUGCUUCCCCAUCUGCUGAGCUGCCUCUCUCCCUGCUGGGCCCUUCUCCAGCAUCAUUUGAGAGCCUCCCCUCCGCCUCUAGCUCCGAUGUCAGUUCCCUGACAAUAUAGAUUAGAUAUAGAUAUAGAUAUAGAUAUAGAUAUAGAUAUAGAUAUAGAUAUAUAGAUACCCCUCUCCCUCCCACCCAAAUCAGCCUCUUUGCCCUGUACUCCAGUCUGUAAUAGAUAUCAUCAGAGGGUCCUGGACUCCAUAUUUUAAAGCACUGGCCUCGUGGCAGAAUUCCUCUGAGACAACUUCUGGGCCUCCAAUAUCCUGGAAAACGUAGUUAAGACAUUAUCUGCCUCCCUGCUUCAGCCAACGGCUUCCAGAGUGGUUUGGGCCAUUAGAUUAAUGCAGAUGCUUUGUGGCUCUCCACGCCCUUUGGCAUAGAUCUCUGCCUACCAGUGUCGUCUCUGGUUUCCCCUGGGGUCUUCUUCCAUACUUUGUGACGUAGUGGCUUGAUCGCCUGCUUGGCUUCUGACUUUAAUGAUGAAAAAACUCAUAUUCUUGACACAGGCUGGGUGCAGUCAUGUGAUUUGGUCAUGUUCACUCUCUUUACAGGAAGCACCAGCCAAAUUUGCCACCAAAUAAUUGUUUCAUCAUUCUGCCCGUUCCAAAUGUCUGUCUGCGAAUUGCCUUCCUUUCUAUAUUAAGUUGUCUUGCUUGCCUCCUUCAGAUGAUUUCAGGGAGCAGUUAAUGCUAAGCUCUGCUCAUCCUCUUCCCCCAAAUGCAGCCCUUUCUGCCCCUCUGCGUUGCCUCCGGGUGCAAUAAGUAGGUUAAUACUUGCUGUAGGGUUAGCCUGAGGGUUAGAGUUCCCAGUGGGCAAACCAGCAUACUGCGUGGGAAGUGUGCAUGUGCAUGCCCGCCUGUGCAUACGAGAGAGAGAGAGAGAAGAGAGAGAGAGGGCUUGUGAACAGAGAGGUUUUCAAGGUUAACACACACGUUCCAUUCCCUUGUUAUGCCACCUUCAGCAGAGGUAGCUAAACUUGCAAACCAUUUCCUCUUUUUAGAAAAUGCAGUGUUAGGUAUACCUUUGCAACCUGUUUCCCCCCCUCAUUUUUCAGAGGCAGGAAAACUUGGGCUGUGUCGGUGAGCUCUCUUUCUUUCUCAUCUUUCUAGAGGCUGCUAAUGCCCUCCCUCUGGAACUUGAGAGGCAGGAUUUUCAUCCAAUCGAAAGGCCUGGCUCUUGUUCAGGAAGGGGAGAUAUUACCCCCAGUCCCAAGUGGAGUCCUAUCAAAUGCUGUGAAAAUGGGAAUGUCUCUUCCCCAUCCUGUUCCCUUCCAACAGAAUACAAAGGACUUGUCUGGAAAAAAAAGUAUUCUUGGAACUCACAGCAAGUGAAAGAGGCUGACAUCUCCUCCCACAGACCGAAAUAGCUAUACAUAUAUAGAUAGGAGCUGCCACCCCCACCCAGUGUGGGGAUUUUGAGAAGCCAGAGAGCCUGGAUUAAACUUCAGCAAGGAUCCUGUGGGGGGGGGGGAGCAUCUCAGGCAUUGCUUUGAUGAGGUGGUCACAAAGCCUGCCGGUUGGGGCUCCAGAGGAAAAUAGAAAGCUGCCUUCUUCUGCUGAGUCAGACCAUUAGUCCAGCUUAGCUCAGGGCUAGCAGUUGCUCUCCGGGGUCUUUUUCAUCCUAACCUGCGGAUGCCGGAGGUUGUGCCUGGAACCUUUUGCACGCCAUGCAGAUGCUUUGCCACUGCACUGAGACUCCAUAAACCUUUCCAGCCAAGCCCUUGAGCCCUUUCCAGGCCACAGCAUGCUCAUUGGUGACUCACAGGGGCAAAUAGUGCUAGAGCUGCAGCCAUGCAUCAUGCCUGGAGGUGCCCAUUCAGGGUAUACAUGGUAUGCACACAGCAACCUCUUGAAAGAAACAACCAUUGGGGUUGGGGAACACUGCUUUCCUGAGUGAGUGAGUGAGUGUGUGAGUGAGUGCGUGGUCGGUCUAGAUGAGCAGAGGGAGAGAUGCCUUUUACCAGGACAGGCUGUCUGUCCACCCAUUUGAGGACAGGUCUCUCCAGGGUCUCCAGCAGAGAAAGGAAGACAGUUCCUAUCACCUGGUCCUUUCCUAGCUAGAGAUACAAGGGAUUGAGCUAGAAGCAUUCUGCAUGCCAAGCAAAGCUACAGCAGACGCUUCCCUAAAACCAACUUGUUUGUUCCCUUUCCCCAAAUUCUUCUGUGCAGCCUUUGCACCUUUUCUGACUGGCCUUCCCUUCCUCCCUUUGUGUAGGUACUGUCUGCCAGGACAGGAGAUGGAACAAGCAGAACUGAAGUCUCUUUGGGGACUGAAAGAGCACUUUACUUGUGAGCUGGAUCUUCAGCUGAGAGACGCUGGUCACACCCAGGAGAAGGUGAAAGCAGAGGUAGGGUUUACCUUUCUUUUCUGGAGGCGGCUCCAGCAGCACAAGCAGACACUGAACUAGCUGGGCUAGCCUGCCUGGGAGGAAAGAAGGAUGAUCAGAAUCCACUUUGAGGCCAAGGAAGGGAAGGAGAGCAGGAAUGCUUUUGCCCUUCAUUUGCCAGUAGCUGCCCACCAGUGUGGCAGUUCUGAAAACCUUUCCCUAAAGGUCUGGUGAGGUUGAGCAGGCAUUUCCAUCUAUAUAUGUAUGCAGGGCCAUCUUUUCCUGAUUUAUAAGGGACAGUGUGCUGGCUCUCACUCAGGCAGGUGCUGGCUUCUUAGUUUCUUCUGGCCUGUGAACUUUAGAUGUACCCAUAUACACGUGAAGAUUUCCAUUCUCUCUUUCAUAAUAAAUUGUUCUUCAGGGCUGCCCUUGAAGCUGACCCAGAAACUCCAGAGGGUGCAGAAUGCUGCAGCGAGGCUCCUCACGGAGUCUCUGCCAUGGGAGCAUAUUCACCCAGUGCUUUUCAAACUGCACUGGCUCCCGGUAGAGUACAGGGUCAGAUUUAAGGUGCUGCUUUUGACCUUUAAAGCCCUGCACGGCCUUGGACCUUCGUACCUACGGGACCGCCUCUCCCGGUAUGCCCCACGGAGAGCCUCCAGGUCCAUAAAUAGCAACACCCUAGUGGUCCCGGGCCCUAAGGAAGUUGGAUUGGCUUCAACCAGAGCCAGGGCCUUUUCAACUCUGGCUCCGGCCUGGUGGAACGCUCUGCCUCAUGAGACCAGGGCCCUGCAGGAUCUGAUUUCUUUCUGCAGGGCCUGUAAGACAGAGUUGUUCCGCCUGGCCUUUGGCUUGGAGCCAAUUUGAUUCCCUCCCUCUCUUUCUUUUUUCCUUCUCCUCCUGCGAUGAGGCUACAAUUUAAUAUUUUAAUGUUUCAAUAUUUUAAUGUUGUAUUUUAAUUUUGUUUUUAAGUUGUAAUCAUUCAACUUGUUUUUAUUAUUGCUUGUAAGCUGCUCUGAGCCCGGCCUUGGCUGGGGAGGGCGGGGUAUAAAUAAAAAUUAUUAUUAUUAUUAUUAUUAUUAUUAUUAUCAUUUUGUUUGUACAUCCCACCGUCCUUCACACACACAAAAUGCCAUACCAGAGCAGGUCACUUCAUUGUUUUAGCUUUGCUUCUGCUUCAUCCAACUUCUGUAAUAAUGCAAACUGGGAACAGCCACCCAAUGGAAGCUUGAAGGAAAGUGCAGUCACCAUCUGCUUCAUUCUUGAGAAGUGCAUCUCCCACAUCUGGAUCUUCUGUGAACUGGGUUACCAUAGCAACACCAGCAAGGUCAAAUGUAUGACUUGCUGAGUCAUUCACCCUCCCAUUGGUUCAAGAAUGUAGAGCCGAGUAUAAUAGUCUCUAGGGCAUUGAUUUCAUCAUGCUCCUGUCUUUGAUGGUUGUGUCCUGUUGCAAAACCUGCUGCUAUCCUAUUUGCUGUCAGGGUCUGACUCUGUGAGAAUCAAGGGAAGAGGCUGUAGGUUAUACACAGCAGUGUUAGCUAGCAUGGUGAUAGUGUUAGUGGAUCUCUGUACAUAUGUAUCUUUACUUCAAAGACCAGAGGAAUUGUAUAUAGCAGAUAGUAGUGUUUAGCUUUGCUUGUAUCUGGAGACAAUAAACACUUUGUUAGUUUGAACGGCAUGGGAGAGGAGUUUUCCCCUUAACCGGGGACUCUGGAAGAAGCUGUUUUGCUGGGAGCAGGAAAUCUCUGAAGGUUCUUCUGGGACUCUGCAUACUCUGCUGAUAUUUCACCCUGGUUGAGGUGUGGUGAACUACCAGCGGACUUCCACAAGUCACCAACAAUGAUUAUUCAGGACUCUGGAAAUGGGUUCAUUGUGGCCCAAUUGCUGUAGGUUUCCUGGGAUGUUACUCUUGCUGCAUCUUGAAACUGUCAGCUAUCAACAUCCCAGUGCUUGUUUGCUUCUGAGAAUCCAGGAGAAUCUCCAACAAAAAGCAAUGCUGUUCUCUCUCCGAGAAAGAUCUGCCUUCUGUAGCUGAGAGGAAGUCUCUAAAUCUCUUUCAAUGCAUUCCUCACAUCCUCAGUCAACUUCCUCGUAACAGGCGGGCUUCUGCUUUGGCAUGGGAGCCAUUAGAAAAGAAUCAGAGGAGGAGAGAGGCACAGUGGGGAAGCCAAGAGGUCAGGCAUUACUUCUGCCUCUCAACAAGGGUGAGGCUUGUUAGUCGGUCACAAAGUCUUGGGCCCUUUUGCUCCAAUCUGGAGCUCCAACAAGGCACUUCUUACUUCCAUAUGUGGAAGUGGAACAGCUGGAACUGAAGGGCCUGGUCCAACCAUGAAGGCUUGAGAGAAGAAUGCAGGCAAAUGAAAUGCAGUCACGCCCUUGACUUCCAGGAGGAAAGAUGGCAGACUAGACAUCUCUUGUCGACACACUGUCAAUGGGGAUAAUUACAUGGUGGUUAAUGAUAGCCAAACCAUAAAUCUUGUUUAUCUCAUUAUCUCUGGGAAAACAGAGAUAACAGGGAUUAACCUCUGAUACUCAGAAAGGCUGCUUUCCAUGCUUUAGGACUGAGAAGUUUUUGAGGGACUCAGACAAGGAUGAGUGACUGAGAGCGGAGGAAAUCAUAAUCUUGCCCAAACACCUCAUAAUAGUCCUAAGGGACAUAAGGUUGGCGAAAUCUACCUUUCUUUAAUUAUUUGUGAGACUUUUAAUAAAUUAUGACUGAGGGAGGGGAGUUGCAUUCUUCUUCCUCUCUGUGAGGAUUUAACCCUCAGCAGCUUCUGCUUCAAUGGUGCUGCAGAUGUCACAAGAACUUGGUUCUCAGCACAGAGAAGCAUUUAUUGGCAAUCCCAGGAAACUGAACUCCUUUCCAUCCUGUGCAGGAUCCUUUGAGCAUGAACCAUUCCACACAAAAUGCCAUAGGUGAUUAUUCCCAGCCCCCUUAAAAUCAGACUUGGGACCAAAUGAAACAAACGGUGAUGGGUGAAAGGAGCUUUCUUUCUGCCCAGGGUGCCAACAGCCAGGCUCUUCUGAGCGGGGCAUGGGAGGUCUUCUUAAUUUGCUCUGGUUCCAGCCUACGUACCCUGAUCCUCCAGCACAGAGCAGGUCACAUGUGCAAAUAUGCUCACCCAGCCCUUUUGUGUGUGCUUUGCAUGGAAAAAAAAGUCUGCUUGUGGAGGAGCCGCCAGGAAGGGCUUUCCUCCCAGGCUUCUGCAGCUGCUUCCAUUUCAGGCUCUCUUGCCCAUGAUCGGUCAGCCCCUGCCUUCACGGGAACGCUCCUUUCCUUAACAAGCACAACAAUGGCAGCUGCAACGGCCUGCCGCUGGAUCUUCAAAGAGGAAAUUAAUUCCAUCUGCAGAAGGGUCAAGUGCUGGAAACUGCCGAGCAGUGCAGUUUGCAUGGCAGGCUACAGAGGCGGCGAUGCUAAUAAGACUAUGUUGAGAACAGCAGCCUGGCUCUGGGGAGUCCGAUGAAGGCUUCUACAGAUUUUGAAAGAAACAGUCUCCCACACCUAAUGAUGUCUGCUUUCCAAUUCAUUAAUAAUGUGGAGCGGGGAGAUGGGAGGGAGAGGCAGGCCUGGCUUUGAAAUAUCAGAAUGGCAGAAGAUGGGGAUUGCUCCCUCCUCUCACUAGAGGUCACAAAGCGAGAAGCAGCUGCAGCCACAGGGCCACCAGAGCUGGGAGCCAAGGACCAUAGCACUGCAGGAAUAGUUCCUGUGAUGGGCUGCAGCAGUAGGAGUUGGAAGAGGCCUUGAAGCACAGCCCAAACAGGCCUCGGCCUUCAGGAAGACAAGUCAUCAGGUGAUGCCUAAUGAAGGGAUUUCAACUCCAAGCAGCUUCCUCUAGGAUGCCUGGACACAUUGUCUGACCUUGCUGCUUUGCAUCGUUAACAUUUCCCAUUCCCAGGAUGGUGCUUAAGGGAAUUGUCAUUUUACCUUCAUCUUUCCCCUUCCCUAAACCAAUUGGAAAUGUCGCUCCCAAAGCAGGUGUGAGCCGCUCUUCCUGGGCCAAGUGAGUUGUGAGUGAAACUGUUCUCUGUUUUCAUGAAAAGUGCUUCCUGGGUCCAGUGACGUGGUGCCUGAUAUCAUCUCUUCCCUGGCGCUGCCAGGGGGAUGGGCUAUGUUCUUGGACCUCACUCUGCUUGCAAUGCACAGAGCUGGGGAAGAGGACACACCCACUUGCAGCCUUCCCAGCCGCUUCCAUCAGGCUGACAUUUCUUGGCUUUGAUAUGCCUGCUGGAAAUCGCUCUGUCUCCACGUGAUUUUUCUGCAUGGUUUCAGCAAUUCCACACAAAUAUUAUUCCCUGCUGGGAGAGACAGUGCUGGCCGGGAAGCUCUCUGUCCCAGGUAGGAGCUCUCAAAGCAGAGAAUUUGUGUCAUUUUAUCCCCUCCCCUGACUCAAUGUAACUUAAAGGAAGAUGGUGGGAGGUGCUUUUAUUGGGGCGGAGAGGGACGACAUUCUCUGAUGCACAGCUUUUUGUCCUUCCUUGGUAUUUUCUAAAAGCAAUAUACAUGUUUUUCUACUUUUUUAUUUUGUAAACUUUUGUAAACCUCACUGGGAAUGUUGGUUGACCACUGAAGGGUAGGGCAUACAUUUAACGAAUAAGUAAAUGGGGUAUAAAAAGAGUCCAGCGAGGUUGCCCAAGUGUGGAAACAGAAUGUGAGUUUCAGCAGGUGUGUUCAAGAACAAGGAAAGGAGAAGUCUGUGUUGGAGACCUUGGUUGGUGCCUCCUCAGCUCUGAAGUGUGGCCUGCAGGCUAUUCCUGCUGCAAUCUGCUAAGCUCCAGCUUCAGCCUCCAAAAUAUCUUGGUUCCAGGGUAUGUUAUUGCACUGCUCCCCUUUUUGUGUCAAAAACUGGCCCUGCAGAAGCACCCGACCCUCUGCCGCACCCAGAGCAGACUGCUUACCAAAAUCCAGGUAUAUGAUGGGUUUGUGCAUUGCAGGUUCUGGAGAAAGCAGCUAAAAUUAAAGAACUGCAAGAGACCAUCACAGAUCUGCAGAACGAACUCUCCCAGAAGGACUUGGAGGUGGCGUGCCAUCUGCAGGAGGAGCUCCUCCUGGAGUCACAACUGAGCUCCCUGCUGCAGCUGGUAAGGCUUGUGCUGCGUGUGGGGUGGGCCCGCUUGCCAUUUUUGCCUGAGGUUUCUCUCUGUCCUGAGUAGUGACAGAAGAGGCACAGUUGAGGGCCACCAGUACAGUCUGAAGGCAGUAAGGCUAAUCAAAAGCUUCCUCUUGUUUUAACUGGAGGGAUCCUGGGUGGGUGGGUGCUGGUAACUGAGGGGUUGUAAGAGGCAGGAGCUUUUCUUGUGCAUUUGCUUUCAAGCCUGUCUGGGGGCCAUGGCUCCUUGGAACACCUUGAUGAGGAAUUGGUCCCUUGUUAUUGACCUGGGACCUAACCUGGGAUCCAAGCAGUGCCAGAGAGGCAGGAAGGAAACACAGGCAGAGUUUUCUGGCCAAGCAUUGGCUGCAAAGUCUCCUCUUGGGCUGAUCUCUCAGCAGGCAUGUCUGGGGAGUUCUAGAAGGCUGCUCCUCAAUGCAGCCUGCACUUGGUUUAGGCCAGGGGUCAGCAGACAUUUCCAGCAGGGGGCCGGUCCACUGUCCCUCAAACCUUGUGGGCUGGACUAUAUUUUGAAGGGGGGCAUGAACGAAUACCUGUGCCCCACAAAUAACCCAGAGAUGCAUUUUAAAUAAAAGCACACAUUCUAACUCAUGUAAAAAUGCUGGUUCCCAGUAUGUCCGUGGGCUGGAUUUAGAAGGCAAUUGGGCCGGAUCCGGCCUCCGGGCCUUAGUUUGCCUACCCAUGGUUUCCAGCCUUUCUCAACCUGUGGGUCCCCAGAUGUUGUUGAACUACAACUCCCAUCAUCCCAAGCUAGCAAGGCCAGAGCUCAGGGAUGGUGGGAGUUGUAGUCCAACAACAUCUAGGGACCCACAUGUUGAGAACCGCUGGUUUAGGCUGUAUUCAUCCAUAUACUGACCAUAUACAAUUCACAUUAUAUCAGUUGGACUUUCCUCUGUGUAAACAUUGUUUGGACAGAGCCAAAAACCUCCCAACAUUCUCUGAGUGGGAUGUGGGUGAAACUGUGGGGUAACGAGAUGUAUCAAAAUACAGAAAAGAAAAAUACAAUGAAUGUCCUUUGUAUACACUUGGACAAUAACUCACAAAGCAUUAAAGGUGGAUAAGAAGGAUUCUACCAGGUAGCAAAGCAUCAGUGAGAGAACUCCCAUCAUCAUCAAGCCAGCUGAGGCAAUGGAAGAUGAAGUCCAACAACAUCUAGUGGGCCACAGGUUCCCCACCCAUGGCCUUCCUGGGUGAUUAAUGCCCCAUGGUCAGCUGCUUGCUGGGAGAGGUAGUGCUGGUGAUACUUUUUUCUCAAGACAGAUGCAGGCAAAGGAGACUUCUUGGCAGCUCAGGCCAAAGAGGAGGCUCUUUGGGUGCAGAAAACUCUCUGAUCUGCAAGGAUGGAUCAGGAAAAGCCCCAGGCAUCCAGGUCCCUGGUAGGAUGGAAUCUCAGCCCCCACCCCCACCACAGAGGAAGCAGGAGGAUGGCUUCCAGUCAGGAGUGGUUCUUGAGGUCACUAUUGGCAUGUCCCUUCCAAGGCAAUGACUCCUCCUUUCUGAGUAGGUAGAGCAGAAUAAGCACACACUCCACACACAUACACACACAGACCCUCGAUGUGAGUGCUGUGUGUGGUGCUCUCCUGCUGGUGCCAAGCUCUCCUUGCAGGAAACAUUUUGGUGUGUGAGUGGAGAAGGAGGAGGGAGAAGCAGCCCUGGCAACCCCUGGGGGCAGGAUGUUUGGCCUGGGGACUCAGCAGCUCCUCGCUCAGCCUUCUGUCCCUUUGUGUCUGCUACUCCUGCUCCUCCCCUCUCCUUGGCUUGUUAUUUUUCUUUUGACCACUCUUCUCUGCUCCCAGGUCAAGGGCUUGCCCUGUUACAAGAGAAAACUUAGCCGAAAAAUUAAGAGGUUUAAUCAAAGCUUCUCUAGGCAGCACGAACAAUCAGAAAACACUGAACUGGACAAAGUUAACUGCCAUUCAGAGGGAAACAGCCAGGGCUUUGCCGUUUCCUGAACAAAGGACUCGGAGACUGAGCCAGAGUUGUGAAUGGAAGUGCCAGGAAAAGCAGGCGGGGGAGCCAUGCAGCACCGUUUCCCUGUACAACUCACACGCCGGCCAUUUUCCUUUCAGCGACAAUGUGGAGAGAGGCAGGGAGGUGUCCACAAAGCCAGCUCCCCUCCCCACCCACAAAGGGAACAGAUUUUUCUGUCUGAGAAAACGGCUAAUAGUUCAGGCUUAAAGGAGGGAAAGGAAGCUCUGGUCUCCCCUGAGGCAUCCUUUGUGCAGAGGGGUGGGGAAUGUAUGUGCUUGUUUGUGGGCAUUGCCACUGCUGCUUUCCCCCCAGACUGAGUGCAACCUGCUACACCCAACCCAGCUGGCCUCUGCCUACUGAACCUGUAAAGCAGAGGCACCCAGCUUUUCUUGACUCGUUAGGAAGCCAUUAAUGUGCUUUCUCUCUGCAUGUAUAUGUGGCAAAAGAGAUCCAGAGAAGGGAGAAGGUUGGAAGCGGACAGCUAGAAUGGGAGUGGCCAAGGAGUAGAGGGGAGGGAGAGGCAAAGGCAGGGUCUGCCUGAUCUUUGCCACGUGGCAGAGAGAGGGUGAUGAGGCAGGGCUGAUGUUCUCCCCACUCCUUUGGCACAUGGAAGGUGCUCCUCUUUGCCAGCCUGGCAACCUCCUCCAGCUGGGGAAGGUGCAGGCUCUCUGCUCGCUGGGGGUUCUCCAAGGCCCCCCAGGUUUGUGUGUGCACAUGGGCUGAUUAACAAAGAAGGCAAGGUCCUGGUGGAGCAAACUGGCAGCAUCUCCCCUCAGCCUGCUUGCCACCGCUGGGAUCCAUGUUUCUGCAUUGUGGCUGCUGCCGCCGACUGGCCCUGUGUGCAGAGCUUGGAAGGAAGGAGGGUGUGCACGCGUACCUUGCAAGACAAGGAGCAGCCAUGUGCGCAAGGGAGCCGGGGAUGCGGUUUCAGCUUGGCUAAACAAUUAAACUCUCAGAGCCGAGGGAGGAGCAGUAGGGCCGUGAUUUUCUUUUCUUUUGCAGUAAUUGCCUCAGCAAUCAGCUUUGAUCAUCCAGGAGCAGAAGAGACGUGUUGCAAGUUGACAUCCGCGGUUUUAAUGCAGCCAUUUGCAUACAGGCGCAGAGCAGAGCACACGGCUUUCUGUGGCGUCUUUGACCUGAAACCGCAGCAGCUUCAUAGACACCUCAUUUAAUUUAAUAUUUCGCCUCCACUGCAGAAGCCAUUGGGGAUGGGGGUGGGGCGGAUAAUCUGGCUCUUGCUUUCCCUGCAAAUGUCUCCAGAAAUGACAUGAAAGUAAUUGCUUCUGAACAGAACAGAAAGGAAAAGAAAAGAAAUAGCAGAGUUGAUUCCGCUUAAAUAGGGUGGGGAUUCGCCCCAAAGAUGCUGCCACCUUCUUUACAGCAGGAGAAUGGAUGCAUGUGUGGGGAGCUGGGGACAAGGGGAAAGAGAGAGAGAUGACCCAGCCUACUUGUCAGGAGGAGGAGGAGGCAUCUUCUGUACUGCCAUGGCUGAGACAGCCUUUCGCCCCACCCUGGGGGUGGGGAACUUCCUUGCUCCUGACGGUCUGGAGGCUGCCAACCACUCUACCCCUGUUGUGGAUGGAGAAUCCUGAGGGACAUUAAAUGGAUGGUUUCUCUGCCAGGCAAGACGUAAGAGCCCUGCUGGACCAGGCCAGAGGCUCAGGUGACUCACUGUGGCCAGUGAGAUGCCCCAUUGGAAAGCCCACAAGCAAGACAUGAAUGCUCCAGCCCUCCCUUGCAGCCCAUCUCACCUUGGCUCAUGGCCAUGGACAGACCUCUCCCCCUUGUAAAGUCACAAAAUGGGUGGGAGCUAAUUCCCUUUGUUCCAUUUGCAUCGUAGGCAUUGACCCUCUGGCUUUUUCUCUUCCCUGGGCAGCUACUGUGCUCCAGCAGCUGGGUCCUUUGAGAACUGCCUCUCUUCAUCCAGAUCCACCAAGCACCUGAAACUAGAGCUAAAGAUCUUUGGCCAUCAGCACAGCACAGCCCCCACUCCAAGACAACAGGGCCCGGGUGAUUCUGACUCCUCAGAGGCUGGGGAGGUUCAGGGUGCCCAUUUGACGUGGCAACUCAAGCUUGGAGUUCUUUGAACUUCUGCAACCCUGUCCAGCCCCUUCUUGGGUGUUUUUCACCUUUCAGGGACCAUCUGGCAAGCCCUCUGGCGUGGGGUCACCAGGAAGAGCUUUUUCUUCUAGAGGCCAGAGCAGCACCAUUAUCCCCACCACUAUGCUGCUCUAAGGUAUGAAGAGGGUUAGGCCUGGCACUGCUGCAGCUUGUCUAGCUUCCUCCAGACAACUGCCCCAGAAGCCAGGACACAGUGCUCACCAGCUCCGGUGGCAGGACUGUCACAGCAUUGGCUGAUGCCCACUUGGCACAUUGCCAGGUCCUCCAGGCUUCCUCCUCACACCGCUUGGCCUGUGCCUCCACUCUGUCCUGUCUGGGGUAUCUCCCCCUCCCUUCCCAAGGCUUUUGGGGCUGCAGCAGCACAAGCCGCUCUAGCAGAUCAAUACCCUGAGUCUUGUCGUCUUCUCCCUGCUUAUUGGUUGACAUUCGCAAUCCUCUCUUCCUCCCUCCCUUCCUGUAUAAACCCCUUUCAGCUGGAGCAGCAAGCCGCAGAGACCCUGAGGCUUCGGAGCCAGCUCCUGCUUGGGCAGGAUGAGAGAGACAGCCUGGCAGACAAGGUACCCGAGACCCCUCUCUCCCCUCUCUCACGUGGCGGCUGCACAGAGGCAACGGGAAGGUGUCUUGGCUUCGUGCCCUCCUUGGGCCCCGGCAGAACUCCUGGCCUGCUAAUAUUGGUUCCCCCCAUCCCCACAGGCAGGCAAGCAAGCAGCGCUUCCCUUUCCCACCUGCCCACCCAAGGUCUGUGCUUUAUGCUGUUUUGUUAAAGCCCCUUUAAUACUAAUUGAUUUCUCUCUUCCUCCCCCCUCCCCCCCAAUUUCUUCCCUUUCUUCCCUGGGCGGGUUAAUAGCUGGAUGCUCAGGAGCAGAAGAUCUAUGAGUUGCAGAGCAAGCAGAGAGAGGCACAGGCAGAGCUGGAACAGAGCUGCAUCCGAGUCCUCCAGUUGGAGCGAGAGCUGGAGGCCAGCAAGCAGCAGCAGGAGGGAUCCCAGAACCAGGUACGGGAGUGCCAGGGAGGAGGAGGAGGAGAAGAAGAAGAAGAGGGAAGCCAGCCAGGGCAGCAGCAGGAAGAGGAGGGAAAAGCUGCCGCUGCUGCUGCUGCUGCUGCUUAGCCGGGUAGCCGGGUCUAGCCAGCCUCUUGUUGAGGCUGCUGUAAUGGAGCAGAUGUUCGGUAUAUUGAUCUCCUCUUCCUCCUCCUUGCUGAGCUUGCAGUGAGGUGACUGGAAGAGAGGUGACUGAAACCAUGGCAGAAUGAAGAGGGCGGACUGUCAGAUGCCUGGAUCUGCGGUCCCCAAAUGGGUAUUGUCUGGUGGAGACAGGCUUGGUGCCAGCCUUCCAAGUGCCCCCCUCAUCCUCCCUGGCAGCAUCUCCUUCCUGCCACUGGCUGUGCCGCUGUAUAGAUCUGCGUGGAGGAGGAGGAGAAAGAGAAAUGCCCCUGGAGGAGCCUCAGUCAUGGCUGCUACUCUUGUGGACUCCGUUAAAAAGCUGGGCUGGGAUUCUGCCCUCCAGGCCCAGGGACGUAUUGGCAGCUUUAGGUUUUGUCUCCAGAAGCUUGAGGGUGUUGGCAGCUGGGGGGCCUCCUGCUCUGGAGUGUGGAUAGUGGAUCUGGGCUUGGAGUGUGCCCCCUAUAGCAGGUGUGUGUCCACAGGGGAGCUGCUUGAAUUGCACGUUCCUCACUUGCCUUUCCCCCCUGGCAGCAGAGUUAAAUAUUUUUCCUUUGUUGCCAGGGGGGGAAACACAUCUGCUGCCCCUGGAUGAGGGCCUGAUGGAGCUCCCAGGCUCUGUCUUGUGUUUGACCUGAGAUGGCGGAUGCUCAAUCAUGCAGGGGAGGUGUCGGAGACUUGACCCCUGGCUUUUGGCUGCAGUAAGUCAGGUUCAUAUGGUUCCUGUCCCUUUUCCUUUUCUGGACAAGUCAGCUCUGGCUUUCUGCGAAGGAAAGGUGGGUGCUGUUCUCAGGUGGUGGCGCUCCUCCCUCUCCACCUCUGGGUUUAGAAGGCUGCACUGGAAGAAUUAUUGAGCUUAGGGACAUCAGCCCGUAUUUACAGCUGCUUGUUUGAUGCUCUGGGGGCCUUUUUGUGACCGGUACUGCUUGCAUGGUACCGUUCCUGCCCUGAGGACUUUUAACGGAUAUGCUCUUCAACUGCUACCUGAUGGGUCUUCUGGUUUUCAAAGUCCCCACGUGUCUAUUAUGUUGUGGCCGGAAUCUGCAGAACAGCAUCAUAGGUGCCGGUUGGCUUCCCAGGAGGUGGUCCCCUGUGAAAUGUGGAGAGCACAGGGCACAGAGUGCACACCAGGCACUGCCCAGUGGCUGAAGCAAAGCCUCCUUCCCUCAGUGUUUGUAUAAUCAACAUUCAAAGGCUAGAACAUGGCAAGUUCAACCACCACAAUGGUCACCGCAAGUAUAUCUGGAAGCGUGCUCCUGGGGGUGGGGGAGCUGCAGUUGUCCCCUACUGUCAUAGGCAAGGUGAGGUGGGAAAAGUUGUGGCAUUGCCUGGUAUAUUAUGGAGUGGAGUCCAGCCAGAGUAGGUGGAGUUUUCCACCUGUUCCCCUUUCACUAGCCUUUACACAGGAAUAGUCCUGCAACUAACGUAUGUCGCUGUGUGUGUGUUCCAUCUUCGACAGUUCAGCGAGUGUCGAAGGCAGCUGGCCCAAGCAGAAGGUGAGAAUGAGGUGCUGAGAGCCCACAAGCUGGAGCAGAUGUUGGAGGUGAGCAAACGUCAGGCAGGAUGCCAGCCAGCAGCACAGCUGGCCGUCUGACCCCCACAUUCCCUUUCACCCCUCCUCUGACCCCUGGCAAGAGCCAAUGUUGUGUUUGAGAGGAGGAGGAACAGAAUGAAAGCUCCUUCUCAGUUGAGGUUGUAGCUGAUUCCUCUGGGCUUUUCCUUCCUUCCUCCCUCCCACAGGAAACCCUCAAAGCUCCCACACACCCCUGUGAGUUCUCUGGAGUGCAUUAGGGGACAGGCACAGGAGGGGCCUGGGGGUGACGGAGGGUCCCUCUAAUCCACCACCUGCUUCCCUACCAGAUUGAGAAACUGGCGUCCUGCCUCAAAGAUUGCAAAAGGAGUCCAUGCUUGGAGACAGAAACAGCCCAGAGGAGCGGCAAGGAGAAGGCGCUGGUAGGUUUGACUGGACAACAGGUAAACUUCUGCUCCUUGUCUCAUUGUGAUCUCUUCUUCCAUUGCAGGAAGGGCUGUUCUUUUAUUGCAUUUGUCACAUCUGCCUCCAGAAGACCUGAAGGGAAGAUAGGUGGGAUUGUCCUGCUCUUUCCUGAGAGAAGGGGGUGCCAGUGGGUGACCAUGCCAAGACAGGAGAAAGGGUGGCUCUGCACUGUGCCCUCCUGGGUUCACUGCCAAGGCCGCUUCCAAGUGUGCUGCAGGCCGACACCACAAAACAGAGCAAUGCAGGCAACACUCACGCUAAGGGGGGAACCAACAAAAGCAGACGUGCCAUGUGGUUGCAUGCCUUGCCCUCCGCCAUACUGGCCACCAUGUUUGGCCUGCGCCUCUGCCAGGCCCUCAGACAGGUUGGGCACCAUAUCUCUGAUGCCAUCCUCCAGGCAGGCAGGUGGUUGGGUGCUUCCAGGUACACAGCCCAAAGUGGAGCCACUGCUGCUUACAAAGCAGAGCCCUCCAGAGAAGCCCCUUGGGAAAAUGAGCUGGGAUUCCAGUGCAUGUUCCCUUUGCUGCUGCUUGAGCCCAGCAUCCAGUCAUAGAGCCAUGGCAGGAAGGCAGCCUCUCCGCAUCCAGGGGAAGGCAGAGCUGCCAACUGCAGGUCUCCUCUUGGGGCAGAACAAAAGUGCUGUUUCUUUCUUCCUUCAGGCAUUUUUCUCAGUAUCAUAAAGUACCUGGCUGGGUUUUUUAAUGCUGCUUCAGUCGAAGGCCCUUUGGUUUUGUGUGCUGGGGUGGGGAGCAGUAGUUGCAAAGGCUGCCUACGACUCUUUGAGCCCCGCUAUCCCACCCACUGAUUAAUUACAGAGAGGGGAGAUUUUCAAAGGCAGGACCCUGGAGCAGGACAGGGCCAAAGGCAGGAGAGGGUCAGAGGAGGCUGCCUGUGAACCAGGCUCUUGCCUGCCCAUCACAGAGGUGGAACGCUCUCCUUUAGGAGGUUGUGUGCUCUCCUUCAUUGCAGGUUUUUAGGCAGAGGUUGGAUGACCAUCUGUCCUGGUUGCUUUAGCUGAGAUUCCUGCAUUGCAGGGGGUUGGACUAGAUGACCCUUGGGAUCCCUUCCAAUUCUGUGAUUCUAUGUGGUGGAUAAGGAAGAGAGUUCUGCACAUUUAAUGAUGUCUCUUGUGAAACUGACUCUUCUCUUUGCAUGUUCUUCUCCAAAUCAGUUUUGGUAGAUAUUCCAAGUGCAAAAGUGUGUUUUGAGAGAAAGAAUAGUUUCUAUUUAUUGCUCUACUUUCAUAAUUUUGUAAUGCCACCCACUGAAUUUCUUGUCUAAAUGCUUUUGCCUUUUCUCAUCGAGAGAAGUGCUUCAGCUUCCUGAUCCUUUUCGUUUCCCUCUCUGCACAUUUCCUUUUUGGGAUUGGUGGCCAGAGCCACCAGCUAUAUUCUAGUUAUUGGCCCCCUAUGGAUGCUAUGCAGUCAAUACGAAACUUUCUCUUUGACAGCCCUGCCACCAUUUUCACUGGCCCAGCACCCAGAGUUUCUUUUUUUCAGGGGUGCUUUCCAUUGGAGCCUGCAGAACUCUUUCUGGGGUAGACAAUUUAAGUAUUUUUUUUCUCCUGAUGUGAGUCACUGUGUUAUACUAAAUGUCACCUGCUGAUCAGUUGGAGGGAUUUGUUUCAAGCACUUUCCAGGCUUCUUGGGAUUUCACAGCCCGUUAUAAACCUGCUGACUUCGUUCUUCACCACUGACUCCAAAUCAUUUAUGAAUUGUUACACAGCUCUAGUCCCAAUAUAAUAUGUGAGGAGACUUUUGGCUUGAUUCCAUUCUUCAUGAAAAUCCUCUUGUUUUUCAUUCUCAUUACUAUAUGAUCUAAACAAGAGGAUUUUGUCCUCCGGCCCCAUGACCCAUCUUGGUAAGCAACUUCAUCAAAGGCCUUUUGAAAGUCCAGAUACACUGUGCGCUGUGGUUGAAAGGUGCUUGAAGCAGGUAUACUCUUUGCACAAGCAAUGCUGAUCAUUUCUUGGCAAGGCUUGUUCUUCCACACGCUUGUAUUGCCAGCCUCAUCAUGCUCCCCCAACUUUACCUGGGACAGAGGUUCGGCUUACAGCUCUGCAAGUUCCUCACCCCUUUUUUUUUCCAAAAUUGGUAUUACUUUGGCUACCUUCCAGUCCUCUUGCCACAAGGUUGAUUUUCAGUGAGAAGUUACAUAUUUUGCUAAUAGUCCAACAAUGGUGCAUUUCCCAUUCUUUGGUUCCUCUUACCUCCUCCUCUGCAGCCUCCUCCUUUUCAUGGCUUCCUGGCUUUAACCAGGACGCAACUGGGCACCUUAGAUAUUUUUGUUUAGCAGAAUGACAGGAUACAAAAAAAAGUAAUAGCAACUGUGAUGUGUGUAAAUCUGGAAUCAUGAAGGGCAGAGGAGGCUCUCGGGGGGCUUCACUUGCCCUCGCUGCUCCCAGGGGGAAUGUGAGCCUCUUUACCAGCUGUGUGUCUGGUCUUCUCUUUCAGACAGAAAGAGCAGCAGCUCGGCUGGCGGCACCAGAAGCGGAAGCAGUUACCUGGAGGAGCAAAUACAGCUUGGCCCUCUCAGAGGUACUGUGGAGGCAAAGGGUUGUGAAGGGCUGGGGUGAGAGAAGGACGCUCCAAGAGCUGCCAGCUUGUCCACUAGUAUCAGCUCUCCUUGAUGCUUGCUUUCAGUAAAGCAUGAGAAGAAAGGAGUUCUUCAGAGAGGCAGGUAGGGGCUAGCCUGAUCACUAGGAGGCCAUGGAGUUGCCCUUCAGGGUUGGAAGGGUGCUUGAGCAGCUACUCUUCUGCCUUCCUUCCUGCCUGCCUUCCACCACAUGGUCAUGGUCUUCACAGCACCAGAAGCAUUGAGCUGGGGUUAUGUGGUGCAUCAGCCAGUCUGACAGAAGGAGGGAGUCGAAAUGUCCGGCACUGAGCACAUCUGGCUUGCCAUGCCUGGACUGCUGGAGUUGCUCAGUUCCCCACCCUCCCUUCCUCCUCCUGUCUCUGAGCACCAGCCAGGGGGUGUGUCACUGUGACUGCUCAAGGCAUGCACUUGCAGCCAGUGUGGCAUGGCAGAGGUGUGUACAUGCCUGCAUUCAGAAUUGCCUGCAAUUUCCUGCAAAAACAGAGGUGCCAAGUGUGAGUUUUGACUGCUUCCCCAGUCAAGGUUUCCUUGAAGCUCCUCAACCCUGGGAAGGAGGGAGGGCAAUGGGACAGGCAAGUGCUGGGCUUCUACCAGAAGGUCCAGUGGCUGAGAGGACGAGCCCUGUUUUGUCUUCUGCCUCUGGUGAGGAGACGCUGCUCUAGGUGGGAAUGGAGCUGCGGAUGGCUGCCUUUUAUUCUGUGCCUGUCAGCUGCUGAAUUUGCAGGGAGCAACUUGCCGUCUUUUCUUUCUGGCUUUUGAGAAUCCACAGAUAUGGGGCAGCAUUGCCUCUUUCCCCCUCUCCCCACAGCAUCCCUGGGAGGGUGUGUGUGUCAGAAUCUGUGUGUGUGUGUUUAAUUCCCUGCUUUCAGAGGAACACAACUAGCAAAUGAUGGGAUCUUUGACAGAACAAAGGUAUUUUUGAGGGCUCUGUAAUAGACACUGUUAAUGCGUCCCGUCCCUCAUUGUCUGCUGUCUGAUCCCAUCCCUCUGCCAGACAGUCACUGCGGGAUGAGUCACUUCUCAUGUCUGGCAAUCAAGGUGAAUUUUCAAAAAGCUGCCAUUUUGAAAUUAUGCAGUAGAUGCGGUGGGGUGUGGGGGAACGGCCGAGGCAGAGCUUGCAAAGGCUGAGGGAGACCCCUGCUGUCCUUUUCAGGAACUCCAAUCCUCCCACCCCCAACAUUGCCAAUGUGCAGGAAAGGACGGGCAAGAGUUGUAUUAAUUACUAACUGCAGCCAAAAUGGAGGCAGCUACGCACAGGUUCCCAUUGCUUUUAUGACUCUUGGCCAGGGGUGGGUGAGAUAUUUACGUCAUCUGCUGCAUCAAACAGGGGGCCCUUGCUGGGAAGAUUUUUUACUCCACAGGGCUUCCUGCCACCCUCCACCGCUGUAGCGGGCCCUGAAAAUGUUCUCCAGACACCAGCCAGAAGCGAGCAAAGAGUACCAGAGGCAAUGAGGGAUUAUAGGUGUGUGGUUGUGGUUGUGCUCACAGCCCCUUAAACUUCUUUCUAAUCUUACUGCAUUCCUUCCACCCCACCCCCAGUGGCCUGAGUUCUUUGGCCCUUCAGUGCUAAGCUGCCAGCGCUCUAGGCCAGCCAUGGUGGUCCACAAAGUAAGGCAGGAAGACGCUGAGAUCUGUGCUCAGGGCUUCUCUGAAAUGACACUGCUGACUCCUUUCCUUAGGAAAUGCUACCUGCUCAUUCCUCCCGUCCACCUCUUCUCUUGGUGCAUUAUGAUGGAGCAAGACUUUCACCACAGGAUGAAAUCUCAUCCGGCUUAAUUCUGUUGUCUAGAUGUUUGCCUUGGACUUUCUGGAUUCCUCCUCAGUUUUCUUUUGUUAAAAAAAGAAAAAUGGGUGCUGUGUUUGGCUGUCUUCCAGUCCCAUUCACCUUUUGGGUUGAUGCCGCCUGACCCCAGUGAUCUGUUGUGAAAUGUAUGCUUAAUUAGAUAAUUCGUUCUAAUUCCUUUUUGAGUUUAAUGUCACCUCUUCAAAUACUCCUUCAGUGGAGACUCUUCUGCCAUUUUCUUCCUUUUGCAUUGUCCUCCUCUAACACUCUGCCUGCCUCUCUGGCAGCUGCCUGACUUUUGAAGUACAGAAACGACUUCAUCAUCAGCUCUUCUCUUCUUCUUUCUUUGGGUACUUGGGGGUGGCUGCCAAUCCUGGGUUGGGGUGGGUGAGAGGGCCAUUCUGUCUUCCUUGGCACUCAAUCAAGCCUCUUCCUGGCACAGGCAGCUUGCUCCUCCUUGUGCUGAUGCUUCCAGAAUUCUUUAAACUUUGCAAGAGCCUCUGAAAGCCUCAGGUCAGGCUGCAGUCCCGAGAUGGGCAGGAAAAUGCCUCCUCCAGCCUGUGCAAGGGCUAUGCCAAGGGCCAGAGUGUAGGAUUGAGCUUAAGGACAAGUUGUCUCCCUUCCUUCUUCUCUGACUUGCGUACCAAGUCAGCCAACAAAUUCAUGGUGUGCUGUCCCAAGGCCCAUGGGGUGCCCAGAGGAUCAUGUGCUUCUCUAGACUGCGUGGGAGUUGCUGUAGCAGGGCUGGUCUCCCGCUUCCUGCAUCAAGCAGUCUUUGGGGUUGGAGACCUCUGAGACUUGUUUUACAGAUCUUCCAGUAACUAACUUCCAGGAGAGCUGGGAGGGGCCUGAGUGCAGGACAGAGACUCUUUCUGUUCAUGUUACUGGGGGAAUUGGAACAUGUGUUGCAGCCCAAAGGGCUGGGAACCCCCUUCCCUCCAUGCUGUGUGGUGGGCAGCUGGUAUCUCUGUACAAAUCAGCCCCUGAUAGCUACCAUCUUGCGGGGGGGGGGGGCUGCCCUCCACCAGCCAAGCCUGAUUCUUGCUGCCCUUCCCCAUCUCUGCCCAUCAGCCCCUCGGAUGGACUAAAAUCUGGCCGGCCUUUGUUGUUUUCCUAAUUUCCAUUUUGUAUCCUAAAAUAUGCACUCUGAGUUCCGCUCGACAGACACCCCUAAUCUAAUCUCCACGUCUGCUUUCUAAUUUUCGCAGUCAGGGUAAAACAAAUUGGCCGGCGUUAAUUGUCUGCACAGCAGCCCGGAGCUUCGAGCUGUGAUUUACGAGCUCAGAGCAAGCGCUCUGCAACACAUUUUUCUUAAUUUAUUUUUAAUGAGUCUCUCAAUUAAUUUUCUUGGAAACAUCUUAAUGAUGUUGGAGGCGGGUGUUAAUGAGGUCUGUGCUCAUGCGUCAUUUUGCAUAUUUUGCUGUGCGGAACAGUGCUGAGCCUGCCAGGCCCGUUUGGGGAGGAGGGGAGGAAGGGGGUUCUCCUUCCCAUUUUUGAAGACGCGAGGAGUAGCAAAGGCUCAGGAUCCAAGUCUGUCGUUGAGACCCAGGUUUAAGAGGAGCUUGGUUGCUGGAUCAGACCAAUGGAGGCCUCCUGUUCUUAACAGUGGCCAGCCGGAUGCCCUGUGAGGGAUGUACACCUGAGGGCAACGGCAUUCUGCCUGCCUGGGUUCCCCUGUAAGUGGUCUUCAGAGGCUUCAUACAGCCUCUGACACGGGAAGCACACAAGGUCCCGGGUGGGAUCAGCCCACCAUCUAACCAGCCAGCUAGGUGCCCCACACCCUUGUCCUGGGCUUCUCUUUUCAUCUGUCUCAGGGGUCGGCAAAGUUUUGUGGCUUGGGCCGGUUCACAGUCCCACAGAUGCUUCAGUGGGCCAGAGUGUUCACGCACAUGCAAACACUAUUUCUGGCGCUCCUUCUGGUGCGGAGGAGGCGUGCGCAGCUUCCCAUUGGCUGCAGGAGCUUACUGCAGCCAAUGGGAAGCUGGCCAGCAUCGCGGAAGGCGGUCCCCACUCUGCUCCACGCCAGUUCAGCGCGGUGAAUGGGAGCCGACCGAGCGGGCGGUGGGGAUCCGUGGGCUGGUUAAAUGAUCCCCAUGGGCCGCUUGUGGCCCAUGGGCCUUAGGUUGCUGACCCCUGAUCUAUCUCUUUCCACACAAUGGUGAAAUCCCCAAGCAGACAGCAGUACACUUUCCUCACCCUUCAGCAAGUUGUGAUCCUGUGAGCAGGCCCUUGAAGGCCUUCCUUGUGUGCUUUGGCCCAGAAGCAACAGAUGCCCAUGGCAGACGUGAAAGUGCUCCCUGUGCCCCUGUGGGGCCAAGUGGGGCCCACCGAGCCAACAACUCAGGGUGGGACUGCCCAGACCAAACAGAGCAGCAGCAACCUCUCAGGCCAAGGCCAAGUCAGGAGACUCCCUCUUGCCUAGGUUAGACACCACCCCACUUGCCCAAUAUGCUGGCUAAGUGCCAACAGGGGAACCCCUUCUGGUAGAAAAGAAGAGGCCCAGCUUGGGGUUGACUGGGGAUGUGAAGAGCACUCAAGGUCAGGCAAUGAGUGAGCCACACAGGCUCCAUCCUCCCAAGAGGACACACCAGGGAGCGAUGGCACAAGCCAGCAGCAGCACACCUGAGGAUGAAGUUCACAGGUCUGUGCCUGGCAUGGCAAGCACAGGGCACCUGGCACCUGCCACCUGAUACACCCAUGUCUUUCCUUAAGGCUGGUGGUGUGUUAAGAGCUACCCAGAACUCAGAGGUAAUGUGGUCUGUGCCCUGGGGGUGCGGUUCUAACUGAGGGAUGCGGUUCUUUGGGGUGGGGAGGGGCGGCCCCCUGCUCCCUCCCUACGCUUUGUUGGCAUCUGGGAAGAUGUGAGCCGUUGUUGUUUUCUCACCGCGUGUCAGUCUUCAUUAAAUCACGAAGGAGCAGAGCAGAGACAGCUUUUGUCCCAGCCAGAACGUGGCAGCUGUUUAAUUUCAAUUAACACAGCCUUGAAAAGAAUAACAUGAAGGCAGCAAUUAAAGGGAGGCGGGAUUUCCUCGGUGGCUUUUUGCCGUUGCCUGAGUCGCUCCACAGCAAGGGGGUGGGUGGGACGUGCCUCCUGCUUGGCGCUGCAGGCUCCUCCAGGUGCCUCCUGCUUUCAGCAUCCUUCUCCACAAGUUGCAGUGGCAGUGCUCCCAGGUGACACACCAGCCUCACACAACAUUGCCUGUCCUUUACCUUGGACUGGUCCAGCCAUACAAAGCAUGAGAACUAGGGAAUAAGAUGCCUGGGGCUUGGAGCCCUCCCUGUGGCAGGACGUGAUGAGGAGGAUGUUGUUCUGCCUCUUCCUGAGGAGGCUUAGCUACCCAUCCCACAUGCUGCAGUUCGGAAAAGUCCAGAAGAUGAAGUAACUCCUGCAGCUCUCGGGAGCACUCUGGACUCAGGAUCUGGCCCAGAAAUGAGACCUCAUGUCUCUUUGGACCUGCUGGGUCUGAAAGCAGCCAGAACUUGCGCUGUGAUUCCCAGUGGGCGCAUAUGGCCAGCAACCACUCCUUGCCUUUGGGCAUCCCAAUCAGCCCAAAGGCGCCGGUUCUUUGACGCUUGUUCUUUCGUGCGUGGAGGGAGGGGAAAAGGAGGGGAAAGGCUGCUAUUGAUCGGGUGCUUUAGGAGGGAAAGGGAUCUCCUUGGCUGUCUAAACACUAUUGAUCCUCUGCUGGGCCUGCAGCUGGCAAGGAAGAAGGGAUUAAAACCUCACUGCCGACAACUUCUUCUUUGGUGGCUGAGCAGAGAGAGCAGGAGGGCCACAAAAGGGGAGCCAAGGCAGCUUCCUCCUCUGCUUUUGGAGUGGCAGAGGAGCAGGGAGGGCCCCGGUGGAAAGCGGUCGGCCUGUCUUGCAUCUGGCAAAGAAGGUUAGUGCUUCCAAGAGCCACAACAGGUCCAUUUCCUCUAAAGACUCUUUGGAUUGCAUCUGUUUUGGCCACCUCCCUGGCAGACCAAGAGGCUUCUGCCAGGACAGGUGGUCCUCCGACCGCUGAAAGUGGGUGGCCUCCAUCUGCAUUUCUGGCCUUUGCCCAGGAGAUUGCCAUCAUCCCUGCCUUCUCGGCCCCUAUGGCCUCCUCGCCCUUCCCUCCAGAAUGACUGUAUUCAUUUUGCACAGGAGUUCAUGGCUGACCCAAGCCUCCUCUACCUGUAGGUCAUGAGAACUGCCCCCAAGAGGCAUGUGUGUGAAUGCAAGAGUGACUGUGGGCUGCGUGGGCUGGGAGUACCUUCCCUGCUUCCUCAUUGAUGCUCCCAUUAAGCCGAGGAAGCAUCCCCAUCAAGAGGUCUGUGCUUCUUUCCAGUGGGGUUGCCUCUCACUGACCUUCAUUUGAAUAUUGCACUGAGAUACGCAGUCAGAGUUCCCAGCACUUCCUCAGUGAGGAGGUGGCUCUUCAGAAGAGAAACAAUAACAUCAUUUUUUAAAAUGCUAGGUUGAGACCAGCCUGAUGGUGUGCUGGGCUAAUUUUUUUUAAAAGGUCUCUGCUUGGCACCAGAAAGACAUCAGAUGUGGCCCCAGGCAAGCUUCCCUGCAGAGGGCGUUCUGCAAGUGGGCGCCCCUUUCUCCUCUAGCCCCUCCACAUCUGAGUGCAAUUUCUGUUUGAAGAGGCAGUCCUGUAUUGACCUGGAAGGGUGCCAGGUUUGCCCAGUGAAGUAGUCAGGUUCAGGGCUGAGGCAGGGAGCUCAUAGCCCUGCCAAAGACCCAGAGGGAGUGGGAGGAGGCCCUCAUGCCAUUGUGUUCCCUUCCAGGCUGCAGAGCAGAGCAAGGCACUGCACAGACUCCAGGAGACCCACAGCGCCCUGCAGCAGCAAAUGACCGAACAGGAAGGCCUCAUCUGCCAGCUGGAGAUCCAAGUCCAGGAGCAGCAGGAGGACCUGCAGGGAACCAGGGAGCAGGUAUAGAGUGCUGGACCACCUGGACAGGGGGGUGCAUGGGAGUCCCCCACCCCAUCCCCAGAAUGAAGGACUUGGGGGCAGGCAGAAACCUGGUAGAGUGGCAGGCAGUGGGAGCCACAGAGCUUGUUUUAUUGCCACCCCCUGUGAGCUGCCAUCCCAUCCCACAGAGCCAUGCUGGGGGCCUCACCCAAGCCUACGCUCCUUGCCCACAGGCAUCUGAACGCAGGCAGGCUGUGCAAGAGUUGGAAAUGUAGCAAGCCCUAGUGGAGGAGGCAGGCCUGGUGCUAGAGAGAGCAGAGAGCCAAGUGAGCAGGACGGAAGGCUUGGAAAGACCUCCUGGGAGCCCAUUGAUGGCUUCUGGCAUUCACACCUUGCUUUCCCUGUCUGAAAACCCUCAUGGCUGGCUGGCCUGCCUGAGGAUCCCCUGAGCUAGAUGCUUGCUUUCAGGCCAUGGCUGCCACGAAAGAGCCGCAGGUGCCCAAUUUGUCUUCCAGAUUUGGCAGCAAAAGCAGCAAAUGGCGAAGCUGGCAAGAGCUGCAGCUGAUAGCCAAGCAGCAGAGCAGCAGGUACCAUGUGUCCCUCUCCUGGCCCUAGUCCAAGGUGCUUGAGGGAAGGAGAUUUGUCCCAAGAGGACCACGUGCCCUUCUCUUCCCUGCAGUCUCUGGGCAUUUGGGCUCUUUUGAUUUCUUUUAAAUGCUUCCAUCCCUGGGUUCCUCCCAGAGGCUCCCAGUGAUAACGAUGUAAUGCUAGAAGCCUCUGAGACAAGAUGGAUAAGUUGGAGCUCUUUGUCUUAGAGGGGAGCAUAGAUACUGUGGGCAAAACCGAAACCUGGUGGAAGGGAAAGAUCCAGAUGGAAACUGUUGUUUCCAGAUACACACUCUAGGAAGGACAAAGAUGGCUGUGUUCUGGCCUCAGAAUUAGUAAAUGCUUCUGGAUCCCAGUUGCUGGGAAUCACAAGUGAGGAGCGAAGCUAAUGUAUUCUCGCCCUGCUUGUGGGCUUCCCUUUGGGGGCAUCUGGUUGGCCACUGAGGACCAGAUGGGGCUGGGCUGGGCAAGGCCAUAUGCUUUUGUAUGCUCGGGUGACACAGGUUCAAAUCCUGGUGGAAUCACUAGGUGGAGCCGGGAGAGAUUUCCUACUGCUUGCUGCCAGUCUGUGUCAAUCUUGAGCUAGAUGGACCAUUGACCUUACUCAUUACAGUGGUACCUCGGGUUACAAAUGCUUCGGGUUACAAACACUUCGGGUUACAAACUUCGCUAACUUGGAAGUAGUUAUCUCGGGUUGCGAAGUUUGCCCCUGGAUGAGAACGGAAAUCGCAACGCGGGAGGCCCCAUUAGCGAAAGCGCGUCUCAGGUUAAGAACGGUUUCGGGUUAAGAACGGACCUCUGGAACGAAUUAAGUUUGUAACCUGAGGUACCACUGUAUAGAGUAGCUUUUUAGUGGGGCUGAUCCAGCAGGACCCUUCUGACCUUAUUAGCAAACAAUAAUAACCCAUUAAAUAAUUUUAAAGCCAGGAAAUCAAGAAAAGCAAUGCCUGUUAAACAAAAAAAUAAAGGCUCAGUAAUUCCCAAAUACCCUCCAAAACCUUCAUCCAAAAACUGAUAUGGGGUGGGGGGCAGGAACGGCAGGUCUCAAAUCCUUUGCCACUGCUACUUUUUGGAGGAGGGGGAAUUCUGGGGUUAACCGAGCAGCAAAGCCUCUUUGCAGGGUUCUUCUGUGCUUACCUUGAUUAAAACGCUGUUGCCAUGGCAGGUGCAGCAGUACAAGGACAUUAUCCACCAGCUGCAGGAAAAUUUGGCAGCCUCUCGGGCUUCCCAGGCUGCCUCCGAGUCCAGAGUCCGCAGCAGGGAGGAGGAGAUCCAGGACCUUCAGCAGAAAGAGUCCUUGGCACGUCACCAGCUGAGGAUGCUGCAGAGUGAGGUACAGCUCAGUGUGAAUUGGGAGGGGCCAGAGAAACCCACCCACUCAGGAGCUAAGGAUGUUUUUCCUGGGACCAGGUGGGUCAGCAGAAGGAGCUGCUGAGCACACAGCAGCACGCGUCCCACAUCCUCUGCAGACAGGAGGAGCUGCAGACAGACAGACCAGGAGCUAAGUGCCCUGCAGAAGGUUGUGUGUGAGCAAGAGGCACACUGGAGGGAGACGGCUGGGCAAUUGAAGCUCAAAGUCCCUGCCAAGUGCUCAGGGGUUGAGGCCUCUGCUCAGCCCUUCUCUCUCUUUCUUGCCAGGCCCAGAGGACCAAGGAGCAGCUGGCCUCCUUGCAAGAGCAGCUUUCCACCUGCCAGACUCGGGUGAGCCUUCCUCUUCCUCCUCCUGCUCCUCUCUCACUCCAAGCCCAGAGAGACUCUGUUCCAAAUCCCAGCCCAGCUUGCCCCAGUUUUUUCCAGCUCUAAACUGGGACUUCUGUGUGUGGCGGGACCUCCCCCUGGUGUGCCUCUCUGCGGCCUCCUUCCCUCCACAUCCUCUCACGUGGUGCUUUGCCUGGCCUUGGAUGCAGCUGCAGCAGAGCGAAGAGCGGGCGGAGCAGAAGGAGGCUGACUUCCAAGCAGCACAGGACGAGCUCUCCCGAUGCCAGGAGCGGCUGUCUGACGCCCACGCAGAGCACCAACAACUGGCCCAGAGCAUGGCAGCGCUGGUGGAGCAGCAGGAAGCCUCCAAGCGAGAGGUAGGCUGGCUAGCUGCUGCAGGCCUCCCAGGCAAGACUCUUCCUGGCCCAGCAGCCUCCUGCUGCUCUUUCUGCCAGAGGGAGAAGGUUGCUGCAGCAGCACCCAAGGAAGGUUCCAAGUUCUAGGCAUUGUCUCUGGAAUCCCCCCCCCCAAGCUGCCAGUUCUUAGUCAGGCCCUUCUUCCCCCAGAUCGAUCUCCGUGACCAGACGAUUGUGAAACUUCAGGGGUGUCUGAAAGCAGCUGAGGAGGAGCGGGUGCAAGGGAAGGAUGAGGUGACAUUUUGGGGACGGAGAGCCUCCUUGUCGCAGUCUUGAAAAAGUAGCCCACAAAGGGUGGAGCUCCCAAGGUGACCAGCACCCAGGCCUGCCUCCCCCCCUCCCCAGUGUUCUCUGAGCAGGGGAACAGUCCCAAGGACAGCAGACUGCCCCCCCCCCCGCAGAGGAUCAAUCACCAAAGGGCAGGUCACAGGAGGUGCUUGUGUGUCCUCAGCAGGUUGUUUGGAAACAAGCAGGCAAAUCACAGGGCAACGCACAGUGAAGUUCUCUGGGCUCUCAUCUGUUCCAGAAGCUGGAUUGACUAUAAGUCGGCAGCUCAGGAUCUAUCUUGACAAGCAGCAGUUGGGGCCGUAGUGCAAGGAUGAGGGUCCGGGGGGCUUUGCCUCACAUAGCGCAGAGGAAAAGAGCCAGGCCAGGGGAGGGAGAGAAGUGGCAGGAUGAGAUGGUCUGAAUGUGUGGAUUGCCCGGCAGCCUCCUGAGGAUGCUCAUCUGUCCCCUGGCACUGCCAGCUUGCAGGUAAAGAGGCCGAAGUGAACCACCUCAGGGGGCAGCUCCACCACCUGCAGGAUGAGCUGAGGAGCCUGCGAGACUCUUGCACUGAGCAGGAGAAGGCAAUAGUGGAGCAGACUCGGCUCAUCUGCCAGCUCCAGCACGAGAAGGAGUCCUCCCUCAGCAAGGUCCGUGCCCUCUGGCGGGGGUGGGGAGUGGUUGCAAACUCAGUUUGGUCCCCAUUUCCCUACCAGCUGAUCUCAGUUUCCUGCCACCCCCUAAAGUUUGAGUCCCUUCCCUUCAACGGUCUUCAGCCUCCCUGCAUCCUUGUGGGCUGCCUCUCCUCCAGGUGCACGCCCAGAACCCCUGACUGCAGGGGGAAGGAGCCAAUUUGGGGCCAGAUCCAUUCCUUGCUGCGUGGGGAAGAGAGGAGACCAAGCUCCAAGGCACCCCUCCUCUUACUCACGUGACAACCCCGCCCCCGGCUGUGCUGUUUGCAGAGCCAGAGCAAGGCCGCCGCCCUGGAGCAGCUGCGGGGUGAACAGCUCUCUGCCCAGCAGGACCACCAGGCCAACAUGGACCAGCUGCAAGACAAGCUGCAGCGCCUGCAGCAGGAGCUGGAUAUCUGCAAGGGGCGCAACCAGGAGAACCUCAGCAAGCUGCAGUCCCGCGAGUGCCGGAUGGAGAAGCAGACGCUGGACCUGGAGAUGCUGCUUCAGCAGUGCCAGGUCCUCAAGGAGCAGGUGAGCCCAGCCAGCUGGCUGCACCCCACACCCCACUCCUACCCUCCCACCCAGAGCUGCCUACCUCCCUUUCCCCCCGCAGCUCCUUUACUACGAGGAAGUGACCCAGAAGCAGGAGCGGGAGCUGUCUUGCCAGAGCGAGCGAGAGCGGCACCUGCACGAGCAGCUGGGCCAGGUGGAGAGCAGCAGCACCCUCCUGGAGGGCAGUCUGGAGCUUUACAAGAAGAAGUUCCAGGCCUCGCUGAGCAGAGCCGGGGAGCUGGAGUGCCAGUUGCAGCGCCUGGAGGAGGAGGCCGCCUGCCAGGUAGGGGCCCCGGGGGUUCAGAGGGGAAGGCGGUGGCAAUGGGGGCCUGGCUGCUCUUCUGGCCCUAAGCUGUGCUUGCCCUGUUGCUGCAGGCCAAGGAAAAGGACGAGGCCCUCUAUAGGUUGCAAGCGGAGCAGCAGAUCCUGCAGGAGGAGCUGAAGGGCAAAUGCUGGCAGGCCAGCCGGGCGGAAGACACCGCUGAGCAGCUGAUGCGGGAGCUGCGCGACACCCAGGUGGAGCUGGCCCAGAGCCGGCAGCUCGCCUGCCAUUCUGAAGAGACCAUCCAGGCGCUGCAGGAGCAGUUGGCAGCCAACCGUGUCCAGGUGAGCCUGGCCUCGGCCCCCAACCCCACAGGCAGCGGAAGAGGGAGCCACCUCUGACUGACUGCUGUGUGCUCUUCAGCUCCUAGACCAAGAGGCGGCGCUGGCCACGUUGCACAGGGACUUCGCUUCUUACAAAGCAACUCACAGCUGCUCCAACGGCAGCUAUGAAAGCCAGAUAGUCGCCGCAGAGACCCUCAGGCAGGUAGGCCCUGCUCUCGGGCCACAACACUUGUUGGGGGGUGCUGGGGGAGCCCUGGAGAUGUAGGGCUCCAGGCUGAGUCGCGGUUCUCUUUGUUCUGAGCAGAAGCUGCUGAAAGAGGAAGAGGAGAGCUCUAAGCACCAGCGGCAGGCUGAGGAGUACCAGGGCCUGGUGCAGGAUUUAAAACUGGAGCUGGUGAGGGUCACUGAGCAGAAGAGCAGCGCUCUGAACGGUAGGAAUGAGUGGAAGUAGCAAGGACGUAGGCCAGGUCUCACUCUUGGCCUGAGCAGACGUCAGGCUGGGCUCAGCUAGUGCUGACCAAGAGGCCACCUUUUUCCCCAGACUUGGCUCACCUGGAGCUGAACUUGCAAAGCCUGUAUGAGGAGGCAGCAGCUGAGAGGGACAAGCAGCAGCAGCAGGUCCAGCAGCUGCAGAUGGAGCUCAAGCAAAGCCGCAAGCUGGUUGCUCAAAGGGAGCAGGUGAGCACCUCUGCCUUCCUUUGCUGGGAGGCUUGCUGGGGUGUGUGGGUCCUUGUCUGUGGCUGACUCCCUCUCUGCACUCCCUCCCUCCCACAGGCCAUCCAGAAGCGAGAUGCAAUCCUGCGGAAGUCCCAGGCGGAGAUGGUGCACGCCUGCAGCACCCUGCAGGAGAAGGGGCAGGAAGUGGAGCAGCAGCGUGCCCGUGCCCAUCACCUGGAGGCCAGCCUGCAGAAGGCCCAGCGGGAGCUGGAGCACAGCAGAGCAGAGUGUGCCACGUUGUGCGCCGAGGUGCAGGCCCUGCGGCGGAGCUUGCACGAGAGCCAGGAGCAGCACCAGAAAACUGGUGAGUGGGGCCAGGACAUAUGAGGCUGGAGGCCCCAUAGCCAGAAAUCCCUGUCCGUAUCAUUGAGAAUACAGUUGGAGCAAAGCAGCAAAGGUGGGAGUGAGAAGCAAGCCAAGGACCGACCCCCUCUCCCACCUCCCCAGGGCCUUGUGGGAUGCUUCAGCCAGCCCACCUGCUGCUUUCUUCUGCUGGACCCCUUUGGGGCUCCUGCCAGCAUCUCAGACCCUCCCUCCACCCCACAGCCCAGGAGCUGGCGCAGCAGGAAGAGCAGGUGCUGCUGGCCCAGAGCAGCCUGCACAACGCCCAGGAGCAGCUGAGUGAGCGGCUCACAGAGCUCACACAUCAGACACAGGCUGGCCGCCGGCUGGAGGCAGAGCUCCGGGUUCUCAACGAAAGGCUCUCCGUUGCUGAAGCAGAGCUGGAGCAGAAAAGGUAGCAGCUGCAGUGGCAAAUGGCAGGGGGUGGGGGUCUCCUUAGGCCCUGACAUGAGUCUCUAUGGAGGGAAAGGAUUGCAGAAGAGGAGGGGCGCCUUCCGUGGCUACUAGUUGUGAAGGAUCAUAGAGCAGUGGGAAGGGAGCUGUUGUCCUCAGGUCCCGCUUGGGGCUUCUCUUGAGGCAUCGUGAUGGGCUGCCUGCUGUCAGCAAGAGGAGGCUGGUCUAGAUGGAACCACUUUGACCCAGAGUUUUUGUUCUUGCUGCUGAUUCUGCCUCCCCCAGAGAGGUGUUGGAGCAACUGAUGGGAGAGCUGAGCCAGUCAAAGCAGCAGCAUCAAGCAGCCAUGCAAGAGUCCCAGCAGCACCAGAAGGAGGCAUCUCGGCUGCAGCAGAAGCUACAGAGCAGCCGGGAAGGGCUGAAGAGCCUGCAGCUGAAGGUGGGGAAGGGGAAAGUGGGAGGGCUUGAAGGGCAACUGCCAUCUCAGCCAAGCCAGUUGCUUCUGCUUGCGGGAGAGCUCAGCUGGUGGCAGCCUGAAGCCUUCUGGUAUGUGCCGCCCACAGGUGCAAGGGAACCAGUCGGUGCUGGAUGAGUUGCAGGCAGAGUUGGGCCAGCAGAAGCGCCAGGAGGAGGAGCUGCAGCGGCAGCUGCGAAGGGCCAAGGAGCAGGAGAGCCAGCUGGUACAGCAAUGCAAGGAGCUGCAGCAUCAGCUCCAGAGCAGCCAGUGCAGGGUGAGCCACUGGGCAGGGCUGCAGGGAGGAGGCGUGUGCCGAGUCUCCCAGGAGCUGACAGCCCCCUGGCCUUGCAGUUGCAGGAGGAAGAGUGGAAAGCCCAGAGCCUGCACACCUGCGCCACAGAGCGGGAGACAGAGAGCCGUGUUCUGCGUGAGCAGCUGAAGCAGCAGAAGACGGAGCUGGAGGUGCUCCGCAGAAAGUAUGAACACGCCCAGUUGCAGCUGCAGCAGGAGACAACAGAGGUGAGUGCUGCCAUUGCCACCUUCCCCUGCCCUCGCCUGCCUUCCUGCGGGUUGACCAGGCUUGCCUCCCCCACCCCACUCCACAGGUGUUGCGCCAGGAGGCCACCCUCUCCCAGCUCCACACUGAGCUGCACACUGCCCAGGAGAAGGAGCGCCAGAGCAACCAGUCCCUGGCUGCAGCCAAGAAUAUUGCCCAGGACCUCCGGCUGCAGGCCACGUCCUGCCAGGCCAGCCAAAGGGAGGCGGUGGAGCAGGUAAGGCCAAGCCAAACCUGGGCACCUUUUGGAGGUCAGCCAGCCAGGGAGAUGACCUCUACCCUCCCUUCUUGGCAGCUGGAGCAGAGAACCCGGGAGGUGUCCUGUCUGCAGGCGGAGCUGCAGCUUGCCCAGCACAGGGCAGACCAUCUGGAGGAAGAACUGAGCGGCUCCCGAGAGCAGCUGCAGCAGCUGCUGGCCAUGCAGAGGGAGAGGGAGCAGGAGGUGAGCACCCUGGCCCAGGGAGGGAGGGCUGGAGGGGCCUUCUUGCUCAGCCCAAGCUCACCCAGUGGGCAACUCCUCUGUCUUCACAGGCCUGUGCCUCCGAGGAGCGGCUGAGCGCCCUGGGCAGCCAAGUGCAGCACUGGCAGCAGGAGCACCGGGCGGCCGAGCGGGCUCUGGCCGAAAAGGACGAGGAGCUGGUGGUGAUGAAGGUGGAGCUGGCCUCGCUGGAGGAGAAGUGUCACCAGGCGACAGAGGAGGUGACGAGGGGCUCCCUGCAGGGUGGAGGGAUACACAGCCAAGUCCUCCUCAGGUGGCUGAUGCUUUUCCUUUGGUCCUCUCCUGGGGCUGCUUUGGCAGAGAGAAGAGCUGCAGAACGAAGUCAACGUCCUCCGGCAGAAGUUUGUGGUUUCCAGCCGGGACGUAAGUAAAGCUUGGGCAGGAGACUCAUCCCCCAGCCUCCCCAGGGGCACCAUUCACCUCUGCUGCCCCUAGGAAGAAAGCAGAUCCCUAGUCACUGGGGAAGAAGGCCCUAAGCGAAGCAUCCAAAGAGAGUCCUCAUGGCCUCUGGGUGGCACAUUCACAAGCUGAGGUGACAACAAAGGUCACAACAGGCUGGCCUGGCUGCCUCAGGGAGUUGUGAAAGCAACAAGCCUGUCUAGCCUCAAAGCCAGAGCUGGUUGCACCCCAUGCACUGAGGUUGCCCAGCAAAUACUCUCUCCCUCCCCUCCCCACCCUUUGGCCCCUAUAAGCCUUGGUUUGUUCUUCUCUCCAGAGUUAGAGCUCAGCUGAUCUUGUUCUUUCUCUCCUUUCCUUCUCUUUGUUGCUCAGCUUCCUCCAGCUUUGUCUUGUCCCUCCCUUCACCUGCUGCUGCUCUCCUCCAGCCUUUCCUCAGGGCCGGUUGCCCUGCCAAGUUCUUGAGCAUCUCUGAUACUCUCCUUUGCAUCCUCUUCCACUUGUCCACAUCCUCUCUAAGGUCUGGUGCUGUCCUCAAGUGGAACUCGACCAAGGUUGAGGUUUUGCUGGUGGCACAGCGAGACUACCCACUGAGAUUGAGGGGCAAGCAAAUGAAUUUGCAGAAGACCAAAGAAGGUUCCUUCACACAACGUAGAACUCGUUGAUGACACUCACUGCCACAGGGUGUGCUGACGGCUACCAAUUAGAAUGGUUUAAAUGGGGGAGUAGACAACCUCAAGACAAAGAGAUGUGCCAAUAGAUGUUGGCCAUGAUAGCUUUGUGGAACCUCCUUGUCCAGAGGCAAUCUACCUCUGAAUACCAGGCACUGGGAAAUGUUCUAGACCUGAUCCUCUGCCUUUGGGUUUCCUGGCAGCACCUGGUUUGGACCCCCAAAUACUGCACCAGAUGGAGCUCUGAGCUUGCUGCAGCAGGGCUCUUGGUCUGUGGCUCACCAGAGACCUUGUGGUUGCCAUUUGGGAGUCUUGUUUGCAUCUGUCUCUGCUCUUCAUUCUUUGGCCCUUUCAGAAUAGUUUAGGGGCAAGAGAGGGGAGGGGCCGGUGGAGGUUGCUUUGCGCUUCUGGAACCAUGCCAGGAUGGCCUUCCUAGACUGCCCUCUUCUUCCCUGGCAGGUGGAAUCCCUGCAGACCUCCCUGGAGACAGCACGGGCCGACAGCUACCGCCUGCAUCAUGAGAGUGAGUUGGUGGUGGCCAACGUCAGCCAGUGGGUGAAGGAGCAGAAGUGAGUUUGUGCCACCUGGCUGUGGCAGCCUCCUCCUCCUGGGGUGGGUGGAAAUGGGCUCUAGCAGUACUGCUUGCCACCUUUCCUUGCCCCUUGUUACUUCCUCCCAACUGGUGUCUCGUUGCAGGCAGGUGAACGAGAAGUUGGGCGACAAGAUCCGGGACCAGAUCAAGCAAAUUGCUCAGCUGACGGGCGAGAGGGAGUAAGUGCAGCAGGCUGACAUGGGUGGGGGGGGGUCCCUCCUCCAGGCCUCCCACACUUCUGCUCUUCCUCAAGGGGUGGGCAGUAGGCUCACCUGCUGGUCCCAACUUCCCCUGCCUCCACCCCACAUCUCCAAAUAUUGUGCAGGACAAGAGGUGUUUUUAAAAUUCAGGCGCUCCUCCUUUCCUUAUGUGUAAGUCCAAAGGCUGCUGCAUGGCUGUUUGUUCGCCUUUGUUAAGGCAGCUUCUUUCCACAGCCACCUCCAUGGGCUAAUGGAGAGACUCCAGCAAGAGAAUAAACGCUUGAAAAGUGAAGUGGAUGAGCGGCGUAUUGAGUGUGAGCGCCUCAAGGUGAGUGGAAGGCUCGGUAGUGAAGGGCCAAUAAUCCCAGGGGUCCAGAUAGCAGAGAGUGACACCCUGAGGCACUCUCAGUAGGCUGCCUCAGUUUCCCAGCAGGGAAGGUAAUGAGUGAGUGGCAAGGUGUUCUGUUAGCCUGCAAGGCAGGCAUUUAUUAUUUGAAGUAAAGUACUUCUGGAACCCUAAACCCACAAAUGCAGAGUGGGCCAAUAUUGCCAUAACAGGAGACGUGGCAGAAGAUGGGACAACCCCAAGGAUUCCCCAGACCACCCACAUCAUUUAAUGAGAAGGCAUUGAACAAGUGCUGUUGUGGAGGCUUUUGCAGUUCUGCAGCAAGAGCACAGAGAAGUAGGCUUCCAGCAUCCAACCCACAAUGAGUGCCUGGUAGUGACCACAGAGCCUGUGUGUUGGGCAAAUCCACUCCUUGAAAACACAGAUCAACAGGAACAGCGGAUGGUUCACCAAUAGAAAUGAUUACAUAGUGAUUCAUGAUAGCCAAAGUCAUAAAUCUUAGCUAUUGAAUUUAUUUUGGAAAAAUAGUGUGAAUAAGAAAAGCUGCUUUCCAUGUCUGGAGACUGAGCAGCUGAGAACCCAGAUGGAGGUAAGUGACUUAGAGAAGAAUUUUCAUUCUGCCCCCAAACCACAUAACAGCCCUCAGGGCAUAAGGUCAGCAAAGCCUCCCUUUCUCCAAUUACCUUCAAGACUACUAUAAAUUACAACUGAGAGGUUCUCUGUCUGCCAGUUGAAAUUUACAUCUGGUGUGUGAGCUACCUUCUUAAGAAGAGUUUAUCAUUUAACGAUCAAGGGUGUUCGAAUUGUUAGAAAUCUUUUAUUUUUAUUUUGGACAAAAUUGUUGACUUCAAACUGAAAGUAUUUUUUCUAUGUCACUGUGGGAAAGAAAUGUGGUUUGAUAAGGAAUGCUGUGAAGACCUUAAGGUCUUAGGUUUUUAAGAUGCGUAUUGAACUGUUAAUAAGAUUAAGAACACUCAGUAUGGCAAAUACAUUGUUGGACACUCCAUUGACUGUUGGCAUCUUACAGCAAUUAUUGGAUGAGCAGUUAAGAGAGAUCAGAGCUGAGAUUGAUGAAAUGGUGAAUGAAAAUGGACCAGAGAAGGAUGAAAUGGAAAAUGGUAUUAAAGAGGGCACAGAGACUUUGGAGAACAAUAUCAAAAAAAGAUUUCCAGAACAGGAGAGUGAAAUGCUAGAGUUGGAGGUAGCACAUAAUGAAAUGGAGAAGUCCUUCGCACCAGUGUCUAGAGGAAUGAAACACCCAAAUGGCACGAGUUAUGAUGUUGAAGGAAUGGAAUGAAGCCAUGGACAUCCUGAGCUGGCAGAGACAGAAAAUUGGAAGUCCCUUUCACAUCUCUCUUCCUUUUAUAUUCCUUCCUCUUUUUUCCUUUUGUUUUCCUUGUUGUCUUCUACUCUGGGACAUUAUUGAGAUUAUUCUUUCUCUUUUCAUUUCGGUUCAUUUUGUAUUGUAUUGUAUUGUAUUGUAUAUUACAAAAAAAAGCCUUAAUGAAAUCUUAGGGGAAAUAACACACACACACAAAGUCUCCUCUUUCUAAUUGCAGGCUUUCCACAGCAGUGAUUUGGACCCAGGUGCUGUACUACCACAGCCUUGGCCUACGUUCCCAGCGGAUGAGUAAGUGCUUCUGUUCUCCCCUACUCCUCUCCUUGGACAAUGCCAGCACCAAGGAGCUUCCCUGCCUUCAGGGGACUUGCUGACUCACAACCUCCUUCAGUGACUUGAGUUAACUUCCAAGCCAGGGACUGCCUGGACCAAUCUUUUGAGGCAAGGUAGGAUGCCUCUGAUGGCAGGAAGGCACUUUGCACAAGCUUGGCUUAAAAAGUUAUUUUCUCGGCUCACACAUGCAGGCUGGGGAAUCAUAGCACCCUACACAAAGCACCAGAAACCUCUGAAAAGCCUGCAAAAGCAGUGUGGUGAAGCCUCUGUAAGGAACUGCCUGGUAUAGCAGGCUAUGGAGUUCUGUUAUACAGCAAUCUUUUUCCAGCAGCCAGUGAGAUGGGCCCUGGGCAAAUACCCCCCCCCCCGCCCCACAGCUUUCCUGCAAGGGUGGGGAGCUUGUAGCCCUCUGGCUAUUGUGAAGUUCUGGCUCCCCUCACUCCUGGCAAUAGUGGCUGGGGCUGAUGGAAUCUAUCAUCAUCCAGAGGGCCACAUGUUUAAAGCCAGGGGCUGGUAGCAGACCAGGCCACAGUUCCCCAACUGACCUCUAAUGGAGUUACAUACCAAUAUUGGGAGGGAAAAGUAUUUAAAUAAACUCUUUAUCCAACAUUAUGUCUAGAAUUGACUUUAGUCCUUGGGUGUACAGAAGCCAUUUCCACUCCCUUUCAAUCAUUUAUGGUGGGUGCAAACAUGCCCUUUCUUAAGAGGACCAAUGCUGUGUACAGUAGUCUAAAAUGAAGUAAUAGCAUUCAAAUAGAUGCCAUCUUAUUUUCAGUCUCCUGUAGAGAUUCCCUGAGCAAACUGAUUGUUAGUCAAGUCAAGCAGCAUGGAUGUAGAAAGCCAUUCCUGCUGUACCUCCCCCACCCACCCCAAAUCAUCAUCAUUAUUAUUACCAUUUGCAGCUCUCACUGCUUGAGCCGGAAACAAAGCAAAGUGCUGGCUACAAAGUGGAACCUGUCCUAGCCCCACCACGGCUGCUGGAUACCUAUACUUCUCCACACACGCUGGCCCCCCCCCUGCCCAGCGGAGGACACACCUUGGUGCCUGCCGCGCCAGGCUCCAGUGAAUAUUUGGACAGGGACUGGCCGAUCGACUAAUCAUGUGACUUCUUACGCAGAAGAAGAAAAAGAAAAAAAGAACUUGUGCAGAUACUAAGCUAAUAAAUGGGGACGUGCUGAGCCACUUUCCCCAAAAAACCACACGUUGUGC